GGAGGGAGCAGGCGGCGGCUGCGGCCGGCAACUUUAUAGGGGAGGAGCCGCCACCCAGCAGCGCGGGGACCUUGCUCUGGAGCCGCCUGCCUCCACUUUCCCGGCGUUAUGAGUUUGCCGCUGGCUUUCGAGGCGGAGCGGGAUUUUUUUUUACCUCAGCAGCAGCUCGCUUCAUCUCGAGACGAGCCUAGCGGAGCCUCAUGGACGCGCAAAGUAGCUGCAGAAGCAGCAGCAGCAAGAAAAAGGAGCUGAGGUACUUACUCUGAGGGAGGUGGAUCCUGCCUUCGGUUUAGCUAGGUUGGCGCGCUUGUGUUUCACGAGCAAGCUGCCUUGGCAGGCAAGAAACCAACAGGUGAAGCUGUUCCCGGCAUGCAUGUCGACAUUUGCAAAUAAACCUGCCGGGAAGCUUGCAGCUGCUGAAGCUUGUUUGCAGCUGCAGAGUUUGUUUGUUUGUUUGUUUGUUUGUUUCAGUUGUUGUUGUUGUUAUAUCUCGCGUUUUCUUCCAAAGGAGCUCAAGGUGGUGUGUGCCUGGUUCUCCCCUGCCUCAUUGAAUCCCCACAACCGCCCUUUGGGCUGAGAGGCAGCGACUGGGCCAAGAGCCCUUGCCUCCCAAGUAGUAGUAGUAGUAGUAGUAGUAAUAAUAAUAAUAAUAAUAAUAAUAAUAAUUUAUUUAUACCCCGCCCAUCUGGCUGGGUUUCCCAUAGCCUGACACUCAUAACCACGACACCACACUGGCUCUCAUAUUUAGCAUUGUUAUGUGGAUUGAGUGUAUUUCCCACCCCACUUCCUGACUGUAAACUGCUGGGGUUUGUGUGUGUGGAAAAGCAUUAAAUGUAAAAAGAAAAAAGAAAGGUAGUAACCCUGAGGUGAAACCGAAAUAGAGUGUGUAUGAAACCCCUGGAGAGCUGCUGCCAGUCACUGUCAACAAUACUGAUGAACUAACAGUCUGACUCGGUGUAAGUCAGCUUCCUAAAUUCCUAAGGCGGUUACAUAAAUGUUUAGAAAUGGCAGGUGAAAGGGGAUGCACUACAGUAUUGCCACUUUAUGUAAGUUAAGGAAACAUAUAUUGUAGGUACAUACUUUCCUGUCUUUAUGUCAGGUGAAUCUACCGCCAGCCUGAAAAUAAAUGUUGCAAGCAAGUGGGAUUCCUGACCUCCCUGCUAUGUGUGUGCAAAUUUCUUAUUGUGCAAAUAAGAAAUAUUUAGGGUGUGCAUGCUAAAUUUUGUUCUUGCUCAGGUGCCAUAUUACCAAAGUCUGCCCCUUGUUUCUCCUAAUGUUCAACUGAAAUCUACCCUUCUGUAACUUAAGCCCCAUGUCCAAUUGUUUUUCUUCUGUUUUGUCUUGUAUCAGUGGUUUCCCCUGAAAAACCUGCGUUUUACUGCAAACGGCAAUCCAGGGAAGACUUGAUUGCUGUUUGCUCCAAUUCAGCGGUAAAACACAGGUUUUCCCGGGGAAAGUGCUAGGAGAAAAGCAACAACAACACUUGGACAUGGAGCUUUAAAGUCUGGACCUGUGCCCACUGGGUAGUGAAUGGUGAUCCAGAAAAAGGUGGCAAUUCCAGGUUUUCCCCAUUUUGAUUAGCCCCACUGUGUCCACCUUCUGAUUGUGGUCUCCAGUAUGUUCAGAUCAAAUUACAAAAUUCUUGCUAUAUGAAACUGGUUGCUAAGUUAUGAGGAGAAAGCACUUUUCACGUGCUCAGAAGGUACCCUUUUCGUUUUUACUUCAAAUAUUUUCAGGGCUAAGCUUUGCUGUUGGGGGACAGGAGGUGGGAAUGCUGGAAACAAUGUUCCAUCCUUAUCCCACAAACCCAGUUUUUUAAAACCCUAGAAUAUUUCUCUUCCAUCACUGCCAAAAGCUCAGUGUGUUUGUGUGUGAGAGCCUGCUUAGGUUGAAUGUGCUGCCAGCUUUCUACAAAGCACAGGAGGAGAUGUAGACCUAUUAAAUGUUAAACAGGACUUGGUAAAGGACAGGAUAUGCCAGAAUUGAUGAUCUCUUUAAUGUGCUUAUUUGUUAUUGAAUUAUUUAUAAGCUUUUCAGUUGGCUAAAAUGACAGAGACAGUUAAAGAAAAUUACACUUGAUCUUAGUCAAAAGGCCGAGAAGAAAAUUAACAGUUGUGGGGGACCAUUGUUCAUUUUCUCUCUAGUUUUGGCAAGUCAUGAGUUGACUGCUCAUAUUGGAUUACUAUGGUACCUCGGGUUAAGAACUUAAUUCGUUCUGGAAGUCCGUUCUUAACCUGAAACUGUUCUUAACCUGAAGCACCACUUUAGCCAAUGGGGCUGCUGCUGCACCGCUUCUGCGAGAUUUCUGUUCUCAUCCUGAAGCAAAGUUCUUAACCUGAGGUAUUAUUUCUGGAUUAGCAGAGUCUGUAACCUGAAGUGUCUGUAACCUGAAGCAUAUGUAACCCGAGGUACCACUGUAUUGUUAAGUUUGCUCUGUUUUCAUAAAGUCUUCAGAGGGUUGAGAAGGGCUCUGUGCAAUAGGUCAAAAGCUGUUGAGCACUUGAAUAGGAGAGAAAGGGUUUGGGCACUAUGCUGUAUGAAGGAAAGUCUUUCAUUCGAAAGCAUGUCAAAGUGCAAGUAGAUAAAUAGAUACCGUUCUGGCGGGAAGGUAAACGGCAUUUCCGUGUGCUGCUCUGGUUCAUCAGAAGCGGCUUAGUCAUGCUGGCCACAUGACCCGGAUGUUGUACGCUGGCUCCCUCGGCCAAAAAAGUGAGAUAAGUGCCGCAACCCCAGAGUCAUCCACGACUGGACCUAAUGGUCAGGGGUCCCUUUACCUUUAUUCUUCAACACUGUCGCUAAGAGUUUUCCCAUUUUAGAGAUGUGGUGCCAUGUAAUCACUGAUAAAUUUGAUCCAACUUGUACAGGGUUGAACACUGUUGGAUUAAGUUCUAUAAGGUGUUUUUUUUUUAUUUCCAAUCAGCUUGUAGCAAUCUACUCAAAAUAUUUUUAAUAUUUAGUAUCAUUCUACUAUUGAAACUCCUUGAUCUAGAUCUUUCUCCCAUUUGUCUUGUAAAUCUGGAAGACUGAAAGUUUUAAAUUUAACAGCAACAAAAACAGUUUGUCGUCAGAUAUAUAAUGUAAUAAGUAUUUUCUACUUUAAAACAAACAAACUCAGAGCCAGGACUACGUUUUUCUUGCUACUCUGUUCAAAUUCUUUCCUACAAGCUGUGCAGCAUAACAGCAGCACAUUAAAUGGUCAUAGGUUGUCCAGAAUACACUUCCUUUAUUUUUAAUCUUUAAUGUCUGUUGCUUCUUACUUUCUCUGCUUUAUGACUGUAUUCUGUGCCCCAGGCAGGUGAUAGAGGUCAGGAGGUUCUCUGUCAUGUCCUCUGGGAUGCUGAGGACACUGUCUAGCCUGGUAGCCGCCUUUUGCACUUCCUCCAAAUGCACAGGUAUUGGCUCAUACUCCAGUAUGUUAGUGGUUAUGCUCAAUGCAUUCAACCCAAAUUCAGUGUGUUUUUCCAAUAUAGUAUUUUUUUAUGUCCUGAACAAAUCCACUGCCUGUUUCUGUAAAUCAAAAUCACAAGCCAAAGCAGCCUACUUUGCUCGUGAUGUUGCAAUAGCUAACCCAUAAAUUAGGUUAGAGAAGUUUUAUAAUUAGCCAAUGGACUGCAUAAUAUCUGGGCACCUUCUGAUAGAAAAAUGCACAGUAACUACACUUUGAAGUGGAAAUAAACUUUGAUAGGAAAUAAACGUUGCUAUUUCAAAGCCAUGUUGUAAGUCCAUUACAACAGCUGGGAAAUUUAAAAGGAAAUAAAUAUUACUUUGCAUACCAAAAAGUACAAUAGCUGAUGGGUUUGCUAGUUUAAUAGUUUAUCCAUAAUCAUCAUUGUGUUUAGGACUUAAGAAAUACACUAGGGUUAUUGGCUAAAGCAUUUCAUAUAUAUUUAAAAGUAACUGAGCUAUUCAAAUGUCUUUUAUCUGGGGGCAGUGAUGGGCCGGAUGAGGGCUAAUAAACUCAAUCUCAACAAGACAGUGGUUCUAUGAGUCAAUGUGUUUCCCAGUUCCAGGCAUUAGGUGGACAGCCUGUUCUUCAGUGGGAGUGCUGCCCAUAUAGGAGCAGAUUCAUAGAUGAGGGUGAUUCUUGAUUCCAAGCUGUCACAAGAGACCCAAGUGACUUAAAAUGGUGAGACGUACCUGCGCCCAACUACUGCUGGUUCACUAGUUAUGGCCGUUCCUGGACUGGAACAGCUUAACGCCAGUUAUCAAUGCUCUAAUAACCACCCAUAAAGAGAAAUGCAACAUUCCAUAAGCUGCAGGUGGUACAGAAUGCUGCAACCUGGCUAUUGGGCACAGCUGACAGGGUCAUGUUACUUCAGUUCUGAAGAUACUGUAGUGGCUGCCAUUCAUAUACUGUACCAGGCCCGCUUCAAGGUGUUGGCAUUAGUCUGUAAUUAGUUUUUUUUUAAAUAAAAAAAAUAGUAAUCCUUUUAUGUAUUUCCUAGUAUGUGCUACCCCAAACCUUAAGAACUGCUGAAAAGUCUCUGCUUGUAGUCCCACUGGCUAGUGUGGUGAGUAAAAUGGUGAUAUGAGGCAUGGCAUUUGCAGCACUGGCACCCCUUUUACAGAGCUCCUCACUGAGAUAUGAGAGUCCUCCACAUUAGCUGUUUUCAGACAACAAGCAGAAACAUGCUCUCCAUCCAAGUUUUUGGAACCUGGUUCCUCCACUGGGAACUGCCCAGUUGGUGUUAAACUAUGGCAGGGCCUUUCCAGUAGUGAUUCCCCACUUCUGGAAUAGUUUCCCUGGUGAGGAGAGUCUGUCUUCCUCAUUAUUGACUUCAAAAUAUUCCUGUUCACCCAGGUAUUAGAAAGCAGAAAGAUACCAUUCCUAGCAACCCUGAAAUAAUUCAUUGAGAGACUGGUUGUAUUUAGAAUAUUUUAAAUAUUAUUUUAAUGAUGCCACCCUGGACUCCUUUGGCAGGAAGGCUGAGAUAUAAAUUGAAUAAAUAAUAAUAAGUAUCAUGUUGGUGUUGAUUCUGGAUGGAAUUGAGGUCUAGUGCUGCAGUUUUUUAUAAUGGAUGUACAAUUUAAUUUUGUUACAUGUUUUAUAUUGUUUAUACUGCAUGUUGUGCUCUGUGCUCUGAUUUGGGGGAAGGGCAGGGUAUAACUGCUGAAAUAAAGCAAUUGAAUAAAUACUAGAUGCUGCAGUGGAAAUUAGCAAUAAAUCCAUUGCUAGUCAAAUAUUUAUGACUUUUUUUAGUUGCCAACUGCUGUAGUAGUUGAAAGAAGGAACCAUAUUCCUGUUUUGUGUGUUUUUUAAAAUGAUAUCGUAAGAACUUGCUUCUAUGUUUGAUGUGAAUGUGUCCGUGUCAAUUAAAUACUUCUGGAAGUGAGCAAGUUAAGUUUGGUCAUGAAUUAUGAGAUGCUAUCCUUUGUGUUUUAUUUAUUAUUUCCAGAUAAUUUUUGAGUGCACAAAAUGUUUUGUAGUUCUUAUCUCAUUUUGCUUAGGGAGGGAAGCAAUUCCAGUAGGUGCACUGAGGUCUAUUGCUUCUUUUUAGUAGUUAAUGUCUUAAUUUAAUAUGAAAUUAUGCUAAUGGUAUUUUAAGGGCCACUACAUUUAGAUCAAAGGACAGAAAGAUAAUGACAUUACUAGGGGAGCAUGAAGAACAUGGAGAAGGAAGCAGUUGAGUCCAUGUGAGCAAUUGAAGAUAAGUUGCUUGUUAAAAUACCAUGGAACAAGAGCACAUGAGACCCAUCUCUAUGCUUAUAUCACAAUCACAAGACAUAUUGUAAGUACAUAAGAAGAGCCUGCUGGAUCAGGCCAGUGGUCCCUCUGGUCCAGCAUCCUGUCCUCAUAGUGACCAACCAGAUGCCUGUGGGAAACCCAUAAACAGGAUUAGAGCACAACAGCACUCUCCCCCAGCUGCAGUUUCCAGCACUGGCAUUCAUAAGCAUUGCUGCCUCUAACUGUAGAGGCAGAGCAUAGCCUUCAUGGCUUGUAGCCAUUGAUAGCCCUCUCCUCCAUGAAUUUGUCUAAUUCUCUUUUAAAGGUUAGUGACCAUCACGGCCUCCUGUGAGCUGCAUGAAUACGUAAUUUCUUUCAUUUGUCCUGUAAAGAAGGUGUAUAUACUGCUAAUUGUUCUGGAGGUUAAAACUUUAUCUCAGACUCUCUGUAUCAUAGAAAAAUGGUGGAAUAGUGCUACUCUUAAUCCUUUUCCAUAAUUGAACAGUGCUCAGCUUCUGACAAUCUAUUACGUAUGUUGUGUAGUGCAUUAAACUAUUUGAGGUUUUUUGUGUUUCAAUGCGUUGUUACGCAUUUCAGGUUUCUUUCUUUUUUAAAAAAAAAAUAGAGCCUUGAACAGGAGCACUCAUAGGGCAUGAGAAUCCUCUGGUACAUUUUGUUGCAGGUCCUACUUGGAGAUGCACAAGCACAAAAUGUUGCACCUUUCACAUAAUUUUUUUAAAAAGGCAAUUUCAAACAAGAUUGCCUGAUGAUAUUUUCUAAUAUGGUGUUGAUGGAGUAAUUGUGCUUCAUAUGUGAAAACCAAGGGUGCAAUCCUAUGCGUGCUUACCUGGGAGUAAGUUCUAUUGAACUCAAUGAUUCUUACUUCUGACUAGACAUGUACAGAAAUACACUUUAAGAAAAGCAUUCUAAUAGUUAACAUGCUGACCUUUGGGAGGACAGGACUUCUUUUUCUCAUUCCGCAUUGGAAACAGAGAAGUUAGCAUUAACUCUUUUCUCUUUUUCCAGAUCAUCUGCACAGGACUUAAAUGUUGCUCUCAGUGAAUGUAUGGCAGCUGUGGAUCUGUUUCUAAAUAACAAAUUCCAGGAUGCCCUUGUUUCUCUGCAAACUAAGUAAGCUUGUUUCUUUCUUUCUCUAAUUAUUGUUAGCAUUUGUGCUUGACAAGAGAGGAGGGUUUUUUCCAAGCUAUGGUGCUAAAGUAACUAGCUUUUACAAGUCUUUCUGUAUUGUUGCAUGCCACUCCAGUCUCCAAGCAGUGCGAGAUUCCAAGGGUUCUAGGCGCCUACCAAGGUUUCAUGUUUCCUUUGGAAUGAGGCACAGCAGAGACUGUGGUGUCUUUAUAAUAUAUGGUUUAUUUACACAUAUAUACAACCUGAGCUUUUGUGAUGGAGGAGUUCACAGCAUUAACACCCCAAGAGGGUCUUGCUGCACCCAUAGCCGCAGCCUUGGAUUCAAACAGAAAAUAAAACAUGGCUCUGUCUCUCUCAGUUUCUAGCUUGCUACUUUCUGGGUUCUAGCUUCUAGUUCACAUAACUCAACUUUCCACUCUGACCUAUUGUCCUUCAAACUACCCACAAGUUGAGGUAGAGGGCCCCAUCCAUUUGCUCUCUCUCACAGAUCCACUUCCUUUGUUCCCUUUAAUGUUCUACUGGGAAGCUAACCUGACUAUUCCAAUAAUGAGAAGGGGGCCCAGGCAUUCAACUUCACCCACUGUGUGUGUGUGUGUGUGUGUGUGUUUUCAAAGGAACAUAGGAAUCUGACUCUCUGAUUCUCAAAUUAUUUUUUAACUUGAAAUGAAAAGCAUUGAAUAAGCCCCAGUGCAAGUAUUAAUACUCAGUUUCUGACAGAAAACUUGUAACUCACUUCCAGACCUGGUGAUGUUGUAUCCAUUUAGGGAUGCAAUGUACCACCAGCCGAAUAGCUGAAUAAGUUGUACAAUUAAACAUUUUCUUUUUUUUAAAUAUUUUUAUUUUUCAAAUUUUCAAAAACAACAGAAAAAAACUUUCCAUUUAAAUUUACAUCCAAUUCCAAUCUUUGUACUUUUUUGGACUUCCCUCAGCCUGUCGGAGAAUUUUUCAUAUUAUCACUAUUAUUCACAUUUCUUCAAUCUGUAUUGCAUUUUAACAAUCUUAAUCUUAUCGAAUCUUAUAAAACAAUAUUUCUAUCAAUUAUUAUCACAGAACUUCUUGAAAACCUACAAAUGUUAAUUGCUCUUCACAUAUACUUUUAAUAUACUCUGUAAAUUUAUUCCAGUCCUCGGUGAAUCUCUGGUCUCGUUGGUUCCGAAUUUUCCCCAUGAAUUUGUCCAUUUCUGCGUAUUCCAUCAGCUUCAUUCUCCAUUCUUCUUUCGUCGGGAUUUCUUCCUGUUUCCAUUUUUGGGCCACCAAAAUUCUAGCUGCUGUUACUGCAUAUAAAAAUAACUUCUCAUCUUUCUUCUUAAUAUCAUUCCUUAAUAUUCCUAACAAAAAAGAUUCUGGCUUCUUAACAAAAGUAUAUUUCAACAUUUUUUUCAAUUCAUUAUAAAUCAUUUCCCAGAAACAUUUCAUUUUUUUACAAUCCCACCACAUAUGAUAAAAUGUUCCUUCUUUCUCUUGGCAUUUCCAACAUUGAUUACUAACUUUAUACAUCUUCCCAAGUUUUACUGGUGUUACAUACCAUCUAUAUAUCAUUUUCAUGACAUUUUCCUUUAUUGUAGUACAUGUCAUGACAUUUUCUUUUAUUGUAGGACAUGCAGUGAACUUCAUUCCUUCUUUCCACAAUCUUAUCCAAUCAUCAAAUUGUAUGUUAUAACCAAAAUCUUUGGCCCACUGAAUCAUAGCAACUUUAACUUUCUCAUCCUUUGUAUGCCACUCAAGUAAUAAUUUAUACAUUUUAGAUAAAAUGUUUACAUCAUCAUUCAAAAUUUCUUUAUGGAACCUAGAGUUUUCUUCUUGAAAACCUCUUUCUAACAACUCUUUUUUAAACAUCGCAUUCAACUGAAAAUAAUGUAACCAACCAAUCAUUUACAUAUUCUUUAACUUCUUCAUAUGGAAGUUUUUUUGAGAGCUUUAAGAAGUAAUGAAAAGAUAAAAGGUGUGACAGUUGGUUGUAAGGAAUAUAAGGUAAAAGCCUUUGCUGAUGACUUGGUCAUAACAAUAGAAGAUCCUAUCAAAAGUGUAAAGGAAGUAUUAGAAGAGAUAGAGCAAUUUAGACAAGUUGCUGGUUUUAAAUUAAAUAAGAAUAAAAUGAAAAUAAUGGUUAAGAAUAUGGAUCAAGAGAUAAUAGAAAGAAUACAACAACAAAUAGAGAUGGAAGUGGUUAAGAAAGUUAAAUAUCUUGGGACUAUGUUAACUCCCAAGAGUAUUGAUCUUUUUCAAAACAAUUAUGUACCGACAUGGAAUAAGAUUAAGAGGGACCUGGAGGUGUGGGGGAGAAUGAAGUUAUCACUUUGGGGAAGAAUUGCAAUGAUAAAGAUGAGUGUGCUACCAAAAAUGAUGUUUUUAUUUCAAUCAAUACUGAUAAUUAAAGGAGUGACAAUAUUUAAAGAAUGGCAAAGAAUUAUCUCAAGAUAUAUCUGGCAGGGCAAAAAGCCGAGAAUAAAGUUUAAGAUAUUAACAGAUGCAAGAGAUAGAGGAGGCUUUGCCCUGCCAGAUUUAAAGUUAUAUUAUGAGGCUGCAUGUCUUUGCUGGGUAAAAGAAUGGAUAAAGUUAGAAAAUAUGGAAUUAUUGGAUUUAGAAGGUUAUGAUAACAGAUUUGGUUGGCAUGCAUAUUUAUGGUAUGGAAAAAAAAGUGCAUAAAGGUUUUGAAAACCACAUCUUUAGAGGUCCGUUGAUUGAAGUAUGGAACAGGUACAAAAAUUUAUUGGAGUUCAAAACUCCUCACUGGCUGUUGCCAUUGGAGGUAAUGAGUGUUAAGAAGAUCAAUAUGACUGGGAGAUGGAUUACAUAUGAGAAUUUAAUAGUUAAAGAAGGAAGUACAAUUAAACAUUUUUUACUCAAGAAUAAUAGUUGUGAUGUGCUCCCACAUUUUACUAGUAUCUGUGCAAAAAUAACCCUUAGUGUUUAAGGAUUCUUUGAAAACACUUGCUUGGUUUGCAUGACAUGGUAAUCCAAACAAAUGUGCAGGAUCCCAGACAGGAGCUCACAGCCACGUUGCUCCUCCUCAGUUCUUUUUACUUGUGUAUCAAGCUGAAAGAAGCCAAAAUUUGGCUUAAUGUGUUGUCUGAGCCUGGGUUCAUGGUUAAGCUCACUCCAUGGUAACCACGAGCUGCAGCCAAGAACAAACUAUAGUGUUGUGUGAAUGAGGCCACUAAAUAGAGAAAUGUAGUAUUAUCAGUCUGGUAGUUCCUAGUGCUACCCAGUUGUUGGUCUUCCAAUGUAAGCUAUAUGUGGAAUUGAAAAUGACUAGGCAUAGCCACAUGGGCAAAGAAGGGAUAGAGUAUUAAUAUUAGCCUGCCUGAUUAAUGUCUAUUUGCAAAACUAAUACAAAUAUUUUUUUAAAUAAAAAUUUGCAUUAAAAUGUUUUUAUUUAAAAUUAAAUUCUAUCACACAAAUAUUUCAGUUUCUUUUUUUAAAAAAGGAAAUCAUUUUAGUUCAAAUUAAAUAACUGAUUUUUAAAAAGAAAAUAAAUAUGCCGAUAAAAUGAUACCAGUGCAAAAGAUCAUAGUGAAUGUAUGCCAAAGAAGAUGCCUCAUAAUAGGCUUCAUUGCACAUGUCAAAAUGCCUCUUUAAAAAAUGCAAAAAAAAAGCACUAAGUUGAUCAGUACCUGUACAGAUGUUGCUACUGUUGUGUUCCUUAGCAAUAAGAAUUUGAUUUUGUUUGAAGUCUGGAAAGAGAUGGAAGAACUGCAGGAAAAACAGAAGAAGAAUGAUAUGAUGACAAUGUAUUGUAGGUGCCUCAUAAAAGUGAAUGAAGACAACCUGGCUGUUCUGUAGUAAACAACUUAUUUUUAUUUUAUUUUAAUUAUUUAUUUAUUCAAUUUAUAUGCCACCCUAUACCGCUUUAUAGGUCAAAACCAGCACUUUGAAAUAGGCCUGGAAACUAAUUGGUAGCCAGUGCAGUUGGACCAGGAUCGGUGUAAUAUACUCAAACCGUCUUGCUCCGGUGAGCAACCUGGCUGCUGAAUUUUGCACUAGCUGAAGUUUCUGAAUCGUCUUCAGAGGCAGCCCUACAUAUACCGCAAUGCAGUAAUCUAACCUUGAAAUUACCAGAGCAUAGACAACAGUAAUUAGGCUAUCCCUAUACAGAUAGGGGCACAGCUGGGUCACCAGCCGAAGCUGAUGGAAGGCACUCCGGGCCACUGAGGCCACCUGAGCCUCUAGUGACAGCAAAGGAUCCAGGAGUACUCCCAGGCUACAAACCUGCUCCUUCAGAGGAAGUGUAACCCCAUCUAGAGCAGGCGACCUCCCAGUCAUCUGGUCUUGGUUGAUAAGAUGUUGGCAAUAUUCUUUAACUAGAGCAGCAGAGGAAAUAAUGUGUGUCCCCCUUCAUUAGCUUUGGUAAGGUGGCUGCUUCUAUAAAAGGGAAAAUACUUGAUUUUACAAAGGUGGAAGCUGCUACAGUGGUACCUUGGUUUACAAACUUAAUCUGUUCCGGAAGUCCGUUCUUAAACCAAAGCGUUCUUAAACCAACGCACGCUUUCCCAUAGAAAGUAAUGCAAAAUGGAUUAAUCCAUUCCAGACUUUUAAGGUAAAUGUAAAGGGAUCCCUGACCAUUAGGUCCAGUCGUGACCGACUCUGGGGUUGCGGCACUCAUCUCACUUUAUUGGCCGAGGGAGCCGAUGUUUGUCCACACACAGCUUCCAGGCCAUGUGGCCAGCAUGACUAAGCCGCUUCUGGCGAACCAGAGCAGUGCACGGAAACGCCGUUUACCUUCCCGCCGGAGCGGUACCUAUUUAUCUACUUGCACUUUGACGUGCUUUCGAACUGCUAGGUUGGCAGCAGCAGGGACCGAGCAAUGGGAGCUCACCCCGUCGCGGGGAUUCGAACCGCUGACCUUCUGAUGGUUUAACCCACAGCGCCACCCACGUCGCCUCCAGACUUUUAAAAGCAACCCCUAAAUCAGCAAUUUAACAUGAAUUUUACUAUCUAACAAGACCAUUGAUCCAUAAAAUGAAAGCAAUAAUCAAUGUACUGUACUAUAAAAUAAAUAAAACAGUGUUGUAGAUGAUAAAAAUGAAAAUUAAAAAUUUUUCUUACCUGCGCUGAUGAUAGUCAUUGUUUGGAUGCGGGGCUUUUAUCCAUUUCCUCAGUCACACAAUCAAUCAAUCAGUAGCACAACUGGGAUCCACACAGAUCCACCCCACCCCCCACGCUGUUGCAGGAAAUACUCCCUAGAAAGUGCAUCUCCCGCAGGGGCAUGGCAUGGGGGGAGAGUUGCGAGCCUUCCAACCAGAUGGCUGGCAGGCGUGCAGCUUCCCUCCCAAGCCUCUGCAGGGAUUGAUCUCCUCUCGCAGCGGCAUGGGGGAGAGUUGCAAGCCCACCAACCAGCAGCUUCCCUUCCUCGCGUCUGCGGGAAACACCGUGACAACCCCCUUCUCCACUGCUGGACAACAGAAGUGUGGCACUCAAAACGGAAGUGCACCCCUGAAUGGAGUACGUUUGUAUACCAAAAAAAAUACGCAACCUGAAACACUCAUUUUUGGAUUUGAAGUGUUUGUAAUCCAAAAAGUUCGUUAACUAGGCUGUUUGUAACCCGAGGUACCACUGUACUUGCAAGAUACGAAGUUCUUGAAAUGCUGGUACGCCAGUUACUGUUUCUUAAAAUUCUCCAAUGGUUAUUUGUUGCUCAUUUUAAUUUACAACUACUACUUCAAUUUGACUGCAUCUUUCCCUACUAAAUUAUACUUAGUUGCUAUGAACAACUUUACAGAGAAGGAUAUAAUUGAAAAUGAUUGUUCAAAGGUUGCAUGACGUUAGCCAGCUUUGUCUCCCUAUUUCCUCUCCUCCCUACCCCCCCCUCCAAUUUUCCGUUUUAGUCCCAUGUGGAAUGGAAUAUGGUGUACAGUGGUACCUCGUUUUAAGAACAGCCCUGUUUAUGAACAAUUCGGUUUAUGAACUCCACAAAACCGGAAAUAGUGUCCCGGUUUGUAUAUGACAAAAAAUAUAUCUUUUAUUGAAUUGGAAUGUCACUACAUUUGGCAGAGACAGCCAUAAUCUUUUGGCUAAGCUCUGCUCAUCUAGCAGUAGCACAAGGAGCAGGGUGGAUAGAUAGAAAAAUGGCAGCUCUAGGAUAUGAAAGCAUAUGUGGUCUAACCUGGAAUAGGCAGGACAUGCAAACAGAUAAUUCUCUUUAAAUGACAUCCAGUCUUUUUGGAUGCUAUGUGCAAAGUGGAAAAUAUUACUGGGGCCUGGGAAUUAAUGGGGAAAUCUGCAUUUAUUUAAACCUUUAUCUAUAUAUAAAAAAUCAUUGCAUAUAAAACUUGAGGGGGGGCACUUGCAAAAGUGAUGGGAGCCACAUCCUUUGUUUAAAAAUGUUACACAGUUCAUCACAGAUGGUUUUGAUUAUAGCUUAAAUGAGCCCCUGUUGAAUUGGUUUAAUGAGAUGACUAGGUAUCCUUGGAUUUUACAUGUGAAUUUAUUUCUCACUGUUAAACUACUUUAACUUAGAGAGUCAGUCAACUCCUUUUUUUGUCUUUGAAUACAGAGUGAUGGCCCCAAAGAGUCAAAGGGAGAAACAGGGAGCUUAAUUUAACUGCAAAUGAGCUUCAUUAUUGACACACUCCUUGUGUCAAGGGAAUGGUGGUAGAAGUGGGGCAGGCAUAUAAUAAUACACAAUAUUUUCUUUCAGAGACAUCUGUUCCUCAUCAUUCACUCUUUCAGUGUCCUGUGAAUCUAAAUGGGUUUUCAUGGUCUAUAAACACACACGUUCCCUCUCUUUCUCCUAGUGGAAAAUACUUACUGCCUUACUUUAUCUGACAGCAGGCAAGAAUUUACCUUUGAUAAUAUUUCAGGUUUAUUGCUAAGUACCAUUCUUGUAAAGCCACUGAAAUAACUUUUGAUGCACCAGCUUUGUUAAGGAAAAAAAAUACUAGCAAUAUGGAUAGGCUGGUGAUCGCUAUUUCUUUUGUGUGGUGGUGUCCAUAGGACUGCAUCCUUGUGGAGAAGGAAAAGCAGAAGCUCACUGGGGAGCUAUGAAGCAUAUAGCCAUAUCAUAUAAAAUUAGCAUAUUCCAUUUGUUUGAUAAAAUUUUCCCCUUGUGCCAGAAUGUUUUAGCUCCAGAUACCACUUCACCUAGGGAAAAUGAAGUAUUAAUUAUAUUCUGUAUAAUCAUAAGCUGCAAAACUUUGAAGAGUGGGGGGGGGGGGAGAGAGUGAUACAGGAUUCAAGGAGCAAACUGCAUGAGUGUGAAGGGCUUUGUAAAAAUAGAGAAGUGGGUUCUGACAACACUGGUAACCCUAUUGCAUUUCAGCUUUUUGUCCUUUCAGAGCCCUGUAUCCCUUGAAAGGUGCAUGAGAGGUGGUGGUGCUUGGGGCAGUAAAUGAUUCUACAUCUGUGAAUCCCUAGGUUUGGCAUAGUUACACUAUUUAUAUUUCAGCCUGCCGUGUAUUUGCUGAGAGAGACACUAAAAGGUAAAGGUACCCCUGACCAUUAGGUCCAGCCGCAGAUGACUCUGGGGUUGCAGCGCUCAUCUCACUCUGUAGGCCGAGGGAGCUGGCGUUUGUCCACAGACAGCUUCCGGGUCAUGUGGCCAGCAUGACUAUGCCACUUCUGGCGAACCAGAGCAGUGCACAGAUACGCCGUUUACCUUCCCGCUGGAGCAGUACCUAUUUAUCUACUUGCACUGGUAUGCUUUCGAACUGCUAGGUGGGCAGGAGCUGGGACUGAACAACAGGAGCUCACCCCUUCACAGGGAUUUGAACCACCGACCUUCCAAUCGGCAAGCCCUAGGCUCAGUGGUUUAGACCACAGCGCUACCCUGUUGUGCCCUGAAAGAACAAGUAACUGGCUUCCUACUAGUUUCAGCCUCCGAAUGACACUGUGGGUGGUUAAUAUCAGUGCCACUGUGUAUGUUGGCUGGUUGCCUGUAGAUGCAAGAGACACAUAUAGAUAGUGAUGAAUAAUUGGUUGCAUAUUCUAUUUUUUUAAAUGUUUGAUGUUUUGUUGUAUUUUUAUAUAUGCUAUAAGCUGCCGAGAGUGGCUAGGGAAACCCAGCCAGAUUGGUGGGAUAUAAAUAAAAUAUAAUUAAUAAUAAUAAUAAUAAUUAAUAAUAAUAAUGUGAUUGACCAUUCCUGUGACUAGGUACUAACUAGAAGCUAUUGGCAAGUGAUUUAAGGAGUGUUGCCAUUGUGUUGGUGUUCGCUUUCAUGUCUCAGCCCCACUUCCCACUGGUAGUCCCAUUGGAAUAUGUGUUAGAGAGUCACCUAUUGGGAAAGAUGAUGCUUCCACCCAAAAUGACCAUUUUCCUCUGUCCUAGUAGGUGUCUAUUUUCUCAUUGAGCAUGCAUAAAUUGAAGUUAGGAUCACUCUGUUAGCUGCCUUGCUCUGUUUCCUUUGCCAGAUGCUGGUGGUGACACACCAAAUCUGGUCGCUUCAUGCAGGGAGGACUUAUGAAUCUUUUAGGAACAGGUAACUCAAAGGAAUAUAAAAGGUUACUUUCUUCUAGCUCAUAGAAGCUGAUGGGCAAAAGCUAUUUCAGGAUUUAACAGUGUAGAUGAAAGCUUCUUUGUAGUCCAUAUAUUGUAGAUUAAAUGUCAGAUCUAGUUAUUAGGUUUCUCAAAUUCUGAUGUCAUUGUUUUGAUAUGAAUCAGAAUAAUGCACUGAAUUUCCUGAUGAUAUUGAAGAUAACUGAUCUGAGUGCCUGCCAGUCCUGACAGAAAAGCACUUUGCUAGCUUUUUAUUGAAAGACCAAGACUAUAACAUAAAUGCUAUUUCAAAGUUUUUAUAUUGCCUUAGUAAAUUGAAUUGGUAUUCAUGCAUCAUGUAAUGCCUGUCUUGAAUGCAGGAACAAGGAUGUAUUUUAUCUAAUUUAUCUAGGUUUUGUGUUUGCCAUUACACACCAUAGAAAAUACCUGAGAAAUAUAUAAAAUGUAGGUGCAGCACAGGAAUACAAGAAUACAUCUUAUGGAAAGAGAAAACAAAAGCAAAACAAUGCUUUUAUCUUGCCCAAACGUAAAGGUAAACUAGUGUUUCCCAAGCUUCUGAGUUCAUUUGUUAAAGAUGUAAUGAGGCUCAACCCAAAUUCUUAGGAAUGUAAAUAAAAUAAAGUAAAAUAAAUCAGUAUAAAAUCCACAUUUAUUUAUAAUCAACCACCAUUCCUAGGAAUCGUAGAAUGUAAAAAUUCUAUGAUGCAUUGCAGGGGGUUGGACUAGAUGAUAUUUGGGGUCCCUUCCAAUACUAUGAUUCUAUGAUUAUAUAAAAAAGAAACUAAACAACUAAAAAAUAACAACACCUGUAUACAAUUUUUAGCAGUAAAACAGCAUGUUAUGAGAAUACUGUAAUAUUGUGGAAUCAGCUUAUUAAAUGCAGAGGUUAUUCAUUCACAAAGGAGAUGCACUCUGUACCUGCCUGUGCCCUUUAUUUAUGAGGCUCAUAGUUCCUUGUUAAUUUGAUUGCACUAUACAUCCUAAACUGCUUUUCAACCUCAGGCCUUUUUCUAGCUCUUUUGACCCUCAACUCCAGGGGGUCAAUAUAUGUUGGCAAGCCCAAGUAGACAAGCUAAUAGGUUAUUGGCUUCAGUACCACUUAUAACACAUUUUAUGAUUGCUCUGUGGUAUAACACACCAACUAUCUGUACAAAUAUACUGCAAGAAGCAGUAGCAACCUUUCAUUAAAUGGUUGUAUUUACAAGUAACCUCAUGGGCUAGUAAUGGGUUUGAUUUUACAGUGUCAUAAAUGUGAGGUGGAAGGGCUUUUGCCACAAGGAGAAAGUACCUCUGUGGACAAACCUUAAGGGUAUGCUGUGAUUAUCUCCAAUUUAACAUAUAAAUAAGAUCUCUUUGUGAGUCAGACAAAUCCCUCUCUUCCCUCCCAAUGCAGAUUGUUCCCCACAGAACAGUUUGCUGUGCUUUAUCUAGUGUAAUUAAAUGUCGAUUAAUAGCUCCUCCUUUCCUUACUUUGGAGACUGUAAUUUAAUUAAGGGUUUGUCCCAUUGUUGUACAGUGGUACCCCGCAAGACGAAUGCCUCGCAAGACGAAAAACUCGCUAGACGAAAGGGUUUUGCGUUUUUUGAGUCGUUCCGCAAGACAAAUUUCCCUAUGGGCUUGCUUCGCAAGACGAAACGUCUUGCGAGUUCUUGCGAGUUUGUUUCCUUUUUCUUAAAGCCGCUAAGCCGCUAAUAGCCGCUAAGCCGCUAAUAGCCGUGCUUCGCAAGACGAAAAAACCGCAAGACGAAGAGACAAGCGGAACGGAUUAAUUUCAUCUUGCGAGGCACCACUGUAUUCUGUGUUAGUGUAGCUUUGCUGAAUGCAAGGUCUCUAGCCUGAGGAACUGCUGUUUGGAUGGUGAGGAGUCAAAUAAUGGAGAGAUGAGAGAACCUAUAUGUCCUAGGGUGAUGUAAUGGUUCUAGGGGUUGCUCGUGCAUAAGCCGGUGCAAACACCUGGCUGGAUUGCCUGAGUGAACCUUUUCUGUCCGGACAGCCACUCACCCGUGGCUGUCUCAAUCGCUGGCAGAAUCCGUCAGUGGGCGUUUCUUAAACUUCUUCCAGCAAAGAAGCUCUUUGACGCCUAGUCACCUCCUACUCUCUCUGCGCGGAAGCCUUCUGUGCAAGGAGGGUGUAGGCAGCGGAGGACCUCUACUCUCCCCGCUGGUCCCCGGCAAGGAGUCAUGGAACCGCCUCUCCGCUUCCUCCAUCUGCCCCCUUCUCCACUGGUGCUACGCUGAUUCUCUUCCCCAGAAGAUGGGCUGCCUCUCCCAAUCCUGGGACGCUCUCCGGAAUCCCUCUGGAUUUUGCUCUCUCCCUCCGGCACUGAUGGCAGUUCCCUGACAGGUGAUAAACUGGGGGGCUACAUCUUUUGGAUUUAAAUUUGUUUGAAGGAGAUACCGUAACUGUUUGGAGGAAAAAAAUGCCCACAGAUAAGAAGUUGCUUUGACAGGAACCAGUAGCAACAGUCAAAACUAAGAGGUUCCUAGAAGGACCAUUUAGGAUGUAUUAGAUGACAGAAUGCAGCACGCAGGUCUUUGUGUGCUUUCUGACUGGUAGCCCAGUCUUUGUUGCAUUCCCCUCUUUCUAUUUUUUCAUAGUAGUGCAAAUAACUAGAUGACCAUAUACCAGUGCAGUCAAUUGUGUGAACCUUUACAAGUGGUCUAAUAACAAAGGAUCAUAAUAGAUGACCCAAUCCUUAAAAACAUCUUUCAAGAUAGUCUACUUGAGUUGCCACCGCCAUCCAACACAUGCAGACAUACUUGUGGGGGAUGGGAGAGAAAACCCAUAGGAGUGGAUGACAAAGGGAGUACAUGUUCUAAGCACUGAAAACCAAAUCCAACAAAAAUUAUAACCAGAAAAUUCUGUAGAGCAGACAGAACUUUAGUAAAAAUUUGAGCUUGGUCUCUUCAGUAUUUCUGAGGUAAGCACACAUUACAGUAAUAGAUGUUAAUAUUAGGGAUUCCAUGUCUGGUGCUAAGAUUUUUACUUCAGGAGGUAUCCUUUCAAUGUGUGUUGCAGGAUGUACAGACACAGCUGUUUUGUUUUCAAACAUGUACAAGGGCUAAAAUUAAGUCAAGACCAUGUACCAUCAUGCUGCCUCUUAAAAGCAGUUCAGUAUCACCGUGGCCGCUCUUCUUAUAUCUCUGCUUGUCUGAUCUCUUCAAUCUUGAUAGGAUUGUUGGACUGAAAUUUAAGAAAUGAGGUCUGCAGCAAGACUGCAGUGUUUAUUCUGUGCUAUUCAGAGAAGCGGUUGUGUUGUGAAUGGCACUGUGAUGUUCAAGGACAAAGUCCAGUUCUUUAAAGGGAGGGGAAUCUCCAACCCGUGGACUGAGUGUGGCCCUUUAGGCCUCUCUAUCCAGCCCUCAGUUUUUCCCCCAGGCCAUGUCCCAUCACACCUUGCCCUUCACCCUCCUAGAAUGCUCUUGCUUGGCUGGAAUGCGUCCUUGAAGUGUGGUAAUGCCUCUUGCUUGCCUGGAUGGACUUGUGUGCAUGGAAACCUGGUUUUUGCACGGCUGGAAUGUAGCCAACUGUACAAAGGAAAGAGUCCCACCUAUUAUUCUGUACCUUUUCGCUCUGGCUCUUCCCACCACUGACAUGUGGUCCACAGGAAGUUGCCCAUGAAGGAAUAUGGCUCUUGGGCUGAUAGGUUUUCCAAUCCUGCUUUUAAAAUAUCCUUCAGUGAUCCUGGGUGUUGCUGCUUCUAACUCUCCACUCCCUUGACCUCCUACCUUUAAUGCCAUUGUUUUUGUUUUCAUUCCUUUACUCUUUAUUGUGGCUUCUGUGAAUAUCAUAGAAUAGAUGUAUCUCCCUUUAACUUGUUUCCCACAGAACAAAGGGGAGUAUGUAUCAUGCAUUGACAUAUGCCACCAUAUUGGAAAUGCAAGCCAUGAUGACCUUUGACUCUCAGGACAUACUGAAUGCUGGAAACACAAUGAAAGAAGCUCAAGCCAUAUGUCAGAAGUAAGCACACCACAGAGAAUUAUUCUAGAUGGUCAAAAGCAUAGAAUAAGUACAUAAGACAGCUUUGCAACAGUAAGAAUGAAGAAAAUGUUUUAGUAGAGGAAAACGCUAAAGGAUUCUUAGGAACCUUCAUGUGCCACCAAUAAUUUUUUUUGACAGUUGGAUUCCACCAUGUAUAAAUGCAGUCAUCUACAUUAAAGUCGAAAGGUAUAAUUUUACUUGCACUUUACCUACAUAUGGCCACAUGUAAGCCAUUUCGGAAAUAUUUAUUUGUCAUGCAGCCAAAAUGACAAUUGUGGGACUAUAAACACUAUAGAAUAACAUACCGCUUUAAACAGAGGUUAAUGUUUAUGUCAGAAAAUGCUUGAGGUGACCACAUAAAGGCAUUGAGUCCCAACUGUUCCUAGUCAUAAAUGUUAACACAUAGAAAUAUAAUGGCAAAAUUUAGUAUGCCGAAGUACAGUGGUACCUCUGGUUACAUUCUUAAUUCGUUCCAGAGGUCCGUUCUUAACCUGAAACUGUUCUUAACCUGAAGCACCACUUUAGCUAAUGGGGCCUCCCACUGCUGCCGCGCCGCCACCACGCGAUUUCUGUUCUCAUCCUGAAGCGAAGUUCUUAACCCGAGGUACUAUUUCUGGGUUAGCGGAAUCUGUAACCUGAAGCAUAUGUAACCUGAGGUGCCACUGUAAUGUAAAAGAUAAUUGAAAAAUAGUAUAUGAAACCUUUAAUUAUACAUACAGCCUUUUCUUAAAUCACUUUGAGCAUAAGAACAUAUUGUUCUGUGUACUUGGCAUUUUGCAGAGUAAUAAAUUAAAAUUUCAAGUCUGUAAUCUCCUUGGAUUGGAAUCUAAAGUUUUGACAGAGUGGAGGAAAAGCACUGAAAUAAAAAAAAGACAAAGGUAUUGGAGCAAGAAUAUAUGCAGAUAUAGUUUAGAUGUACUUAGACUCCAUUCCUCUUUCUAUUUAGCUUUCAGCAGUUGGACUUGCUUUUGAUAAUACAUGCAUAACAUUGCAUUGUUAGGCUUAGUUUUUAAAGGCCAAUAUAACUAAAGGGUUUUGUCAAUAUGUUCUACAUUUCCAGCCUCUUUUGUUUUUAUGUAGGUUUCGGAAGAAAUCCACCGUGGCCGAUUCACUCAACAAUUUAGUGCACAGACACAAUGUUGACCAAUUAACUGAAGGUAAAAAAAUAAACAAAAAUAAACAUUAGCUCCUGUUUCUGUCCACAUGACUGCCUGGUAAAUUAAAUAAAUAUUCACCUGGUGCUUAACAGCUCAGGAGUGGGCAGCUGGCAAGCCUCUGUGGGGAAAGAAUUGUGUAGGUGGGAAGCCACAACUGGAAAGGUCACCACCUGCCUAAUCUUCAAAAACAAGGGCAUCCAGGCAACAGCCUUAAUAGAACAUCCUAAUGUGGACAUUUUUGAGGUGUGCUUGUAUUAUAAUGUGGAAGAUUGUAGUGGUUAUGAUGACACUGUUCCAUUUGGUGGUGGAGCUUUCCUGCUAUUCACUUCAUAUAUUUUUUCCCCUUUCCCCCUUUUUAAAAAGAGGAAAUUCAUGCAGAAAUUUGCUAUGCCGAAUGUUUGCUUCAGAGAGCUGCUCUUACAUUCCUUCAGGUAAGAGCAUUUGUUUUUGGAACAUUGUUGUGGAAACAGGAAUGUGAGGCCUCAGUUAAUUUCAAUAAGACCGUGGUUACUGAGAUCACAGUGAGUCGGGCAGGUGAUGUUAAUAAGAAUCUCUUUCUUUGUCUACCCACACCAACACCAUGCAGCUUUGCUUUUAUGCAUUUUGCAUAACAUGUAGCUUCUCACACACUGAGAAGCAAGUUUAAUUAGGAAGUCAGGAUGUUUCCAGUUUAUAAUAUGGGGACUUGAUAAAUCAUUCUGUAACUUGCUUUUCGCAGAGAUUUCCUUGUCCUUCAUUUGAGAUGGAGACAGCUUGUUGGAUCCUUAUCAAACUCUACAGUGUCAGGGUGGCCUGGUUGCAUUUUGCAAGUUCAAUUCAGUCGAACACUGUUCCUGAUACCUGCUUUCUCUAAGGUUUCUGAUGCCUUUGCAAGUGUCCAGCAUGUGUCUUGGAUUAGCUAAAGCUGAUGGCCCCAUGCUAAUCAUCGGUAGUCCAAAUCAUUACAAAGCCUAUGACAUAGCAUGUAGGAACAGCGGCUUUUGUGCAAAGUCAGUAAUAAUAGGUUCUUCUCCGAUGAAAUACUUCCUGUCUCAUUUUUCUAGUGUUAAUUAAUAAGGAAUACUAUUAUUCUGCUUCUGUUUUACUUGAUGUAUCCAAACUAAGGGCUACAGCUUUGAAAUUUGUGUUAGGUAUUUAACAAGGUCAAAAUUUUAAAGAUUUUUUUUUAAGGUAUAUGUGUAUGUAUUAGAAAAGAUUGACCCUUAAGUAUUUACCAGUCUAGAUUUUGUAACAAACUUUUAGUCAUUGUCCCCAAAAGCAAGAGGAUUUUCAUGUACACGUAUGCUGAAAUGUGUUAUCUAUUGUAUUUUCCUUAGGAUGAAAACAUGGUUAGCUUUAUCAAAGGCAGCAUCAAAGUCAGAAACAGUUAUCAAACAUAUAGGUUUGUAGCAUUUUAAUAUUUUUUUACAAUUAUUAUGUUCCAGGCAUCCAUCCAAAUCAAAACUUAUUGCUUAUUAUGUUUGGUGCUCUGCACUUCAGGCUUCACUCUUGUCUAAAUUGAUUCUGGCUGAUAUUUUAUUUUAAUUAAUCAAUCAAUCAAUCUAAUGUAUUUAUAUCCUGCACUUUCAAAGUAAAAACUCUCAUAAAGCAGCUUAGAGUGGUUACUAAUAAAUACAAUUUAUGAAUCUAAAAGCAAAACCAGUAAACUCACAGUUGAAACAACAGCAAUGAAUCACAAAUGUAAGUGAGGCCAUUAAUAAAAGUCUGAGUGGAAUGAAUUUUUUUUUAAUUAACUGCUCUUUAAAAUCACCAGCAAGUGGGCGAUGUGCACCUCCCCAGUGGGGAGGGAAUUCAAAAGAUGCAAGGCCAUCUUUGGUACUCUCUUCAUACCAUGGGUAUUGGGUAAAUGGUAUAUUAGCAGUAGCUCUUAUUGUCAUGUAUUUCAAAGUGCUAGACCAUGAUUGGUAUUAGAACUGGAUUACAUUCUGGGUUUUGAUGAGAUCUUUUGGUUUGAUAGGGAGCUGGACAGUCUAAUACAUUCUCCCCACUAUGUUAAAGGAGAAAAUCAUCCCCAUUUUGAAGGUGGCGUAAAGCUGGGAGUUGGGGCAUUUAAUCUGGUAUGUAUCACAGUUUUUUUUGUAUACAUGGUUCUGGCUAGGGCUGUUGGGAGUUGUAUUCCAUCAUCUGGCUUUAUAUUUGACUGUUCAAGAGAUUAUUUGAAGUUGACAUCUUUUACAUAAGAAUUGGUUCCAGCGGCUGAAAAUGCUGCUAUGUGGUAGUAGCUCCAUGUAGUGGCUAAAACAUUUUAUGAGCUGCUUUCUUAUGAGAUUUCCCACCACCUGUAACUCUCUCACUGCUCUGGCUGCUAGUUUGCGACUGAGCCAUAUCUAAGGCCCAUGUACUGGCUUAGAAGGCUCUAAACAACUUGAGAUCAGGCUAUUUUAGGGAGUGCCUUCUUCAAUAUCAGCCUGCCUGGCUGUUGAGGUAUGCGAGUAAGGCCUUCUUGAUUGUAUUGUGGCCUGCAGCAGAAGGGCUGAGUCUCAGUGGUAGAGCAUCAAGUUUGCAUGCAGAAGGUCCCAGGUUCAGUCCUCAGCAUCUCCAGGUGGGAUUGGGAGAGACAGUAGUGAGUUAGAUGGACCAAUGGUCUGACUCAAUAUAAGGCAACUUCCAGGGUGAGCCUUCUCUGUGGAACCAGAAUAAUUUCUGAGUUGUGACCGGCUAGCAUUUUAGUUCUUACUUAAAGCCACUUUACUUCCCAAGCCUUUGAUGGUGGUUUGUUCUUAAUUUGUCAUGAUGGUUGAUCGUUUUAUGAUUAUUAUUGUAUAUUUAUUCAUUCAUAGACUCUCUUGUGCUAGCCAAAGGCCAUGGCAUCGUUCACAAGGGGAACAAAAGGAAAAACAGCAAUAACCAUAAAAACAUUUAGCACUACCAGUGCAAAAAACCACGGUCAAGUCUCCUAGAAAUUAUUUGUUGCAUAAGAUAGAAUAGCAGGGAAAUCUCAGGUAAAAUAUGCCAGUUUAAGUGUCCGAAUCCCAGUUGACUGCUAUUUUAUCUAGCUCUUUUCUCCUGAUCUUUUUAGCUGCCAACACAUAUAGUGCUACUUUAUAGGUUACAAAGUCAUCAGUAUCGCUCAGCAGCCAUUUCACCCUUUCCACCCUGUUAGAGUGUAUUCCAUUCAUAAGCAGGGGUUUUAUAAAUUGGUCUCUUGGAUCUAUAUAUAGUGGGCAUUGCAAUAAAUAAUGGUACAGGUCCUCUACACAGGGUUGCCCACAUAUACAAAGUCUCUCCUCGUACUGUACUUUGCUGUACCGACCAUCCAACACCAUCAAGGGCAUUGAUUGGAAUAAUAAUUCUGUAAAAGCGAUUCUUAGUACGGCAAGUGGGAGCUUUGUCAGAUAUCUAGCUCGGGUGUGCUCCGUUUUAAUAAGUGGGAGCCAUGGUGAACUUUUGGUAGAGGCAAUCGUGGAUAAAUCCCUUUCUUCAUCGGACCUAAAGAGACAAUCUAUUAGGUGCCUCCUAUCCAUCUUCAUGGUCACCUGAAGAUCUUGUAAUUGAUAUUGGGACAAGAGGCUUUGGAUGUCAGCCUUCCAGCAUUUGGACUGUUCUCCUUCAGUGUGGGACAUAGUGGGGAAUCUCUCCUCCAAGAGCGAUUGGAGUCUUUUCACAUAGCUUAGACACAGAUAGUCAAUUCUAGCCCAUAUUGUUGUCACGUCCGCUUCAACGCGGAUAAGAGCAGCUGGGGUCCCCUUGGGGAGUGAGAGCACUUUCCUGAGGAAUUUGUUCUGUACUAUUUCUAAGGCUUUGUUAGCAUUUGGGUCCAUGCCCCAUAUCACUACUCCAUAGAGCAUUUGGGAAACCACUUUACUGGUGAAGAUUUUCAGCACAGGUUCUAAUAACUGGCCACCCAGUGUAAAAUAGAAUUUUAUUAGUGCCCCACAAGCUUUCUGUGCUUUGAGUUUUGAGAAACUAGUCCUCGCCAUAAUUUCCUGUAUGCUUUUCACCUGUGCAAAUUUUAUCACAAGAUACCAAUUAUACAGAACGUUUAGGCUACAGUGAUUAAAAUCACAAGCACUUCAGGAAAUGAAUUAACUUGUGUGAAGGAGUGAAGGCCUUUUCAGGGAGGAAAUGUGUGAAACCUUACAACAUGUGCUUGAAGCUCAAACUCAUCAAGUUUGCAAGAGCUAUAUUUGUCACACUGGAAAUACUCAGAUUAUUCUAUUAUAUAUAGCUUGUUUCUUGCCAGUAAUCAGAAUGUUAUAAGGGCAGCAUUAUGUAUUGAAGAGCUACUGUGCUGAUGAAAAGCUUUUAUGAUAUUGCAAUUUUAAUUUGCAGGAAGGUUCCCUCCAUUAUGACCCUUCUGAUUUUAUAUUUUAAAUCAGUAUCUGCUUGUGAGCUACUUGUGAGCUGUUUGUAGAAUUUGUAGGGGCUAGCUAACUACAAGUUAUAUUAUGUGAUUAGCAAUUGCACUGUGGUUUUUAACAAUGGAAAUAUUGGGAGUAGGGGAUGGUAGUUUCAUCGGUACCUUCAAUAUGCAAGAAAGUAACAUUUAAGUCUUCCCUCUCCAGUAACACCUCAUCCUCCUUUAUUAGAGAUUGGUGCUGAAGGGAUAUUUUUUUCUAAUGGUGAUUGCUGCGCACAGUCCAGUUUUUCUUGAACACCGCCAGAGAGAUAAGGCUUAACAACCCCCACCCAUUGUUGAUGACAGCCCCCCCCAGUGUAUAAUUUUUAAAAACCCACAAUUCAAUUGCUAAUUGCAUCACUAAAGUACAGUAACACAUAGCUAGGCUCUUUGUUUGCACAUGUGUGGUAUUAUAAGCUCACAUGUUCAGGAACAGAGGAGUAACUUUGCAUCCUCCGCCCCUCAUGUUUAUGCAGUUAUCUGUGGGGUGGGUGUUUUGCAUGUUUAGUUGUACAUGCAGAAGGUUUCCUGUAAUCUGGAACUCGGAUAGUUGCUGAACCAUGAUUUUUACUCAUAAUGCCCAAUAGGGCUGCAAGUAUAAGUACAUCAAAUGUCAAGAUUUUCCUUUAUAAAGGUGACUUGAACAAAAAUAACAGAAGUGGCUCCUUCAUACUGGAAUCUUCUUUCCUGAUGAUUCAGCUCAGAGCUUUUUUUCUUAAAAAAAUGUUUAGGGAUACUCUCAUUUUCCUAUUUGUAUUAAAAUACAGCCCCUCAAUGAGACCAAACUUAGAUUCAUAAAAUGUUUAGGGGUAUGCGUACCCCUGCAUCACCCCAGAAAAAAAGCACUGGUUCAGCUUCAUUUCUAGAUAUGUUUGUUAAGCUUAUUUCCAAAAUAAUAAGACUGUAAGGCACCACUUUAUACUGCUGCUUUCAUAAUGAAGGAAGGAAGGAAGAGCAAACACACACACAGAAAACUAACCCUGCCUACUGUUUGACCUUCCUCAUUACCAUGGCAGGUUGUAAUUACCAACCUCACAAGCUUGUUACCUGGUAGAGAUGUGUUGUCUCCACUCUGGUGAAAGAUGACUUGACCCAUGACUUGCUCAUCUCUAAUUGGCCCAAGGCUGUGGAGGCACUGAGCAUCUUCCCACACCUGCCCCAUUAUUUCUUGUGCUGACAUGGGAACUCUCCACAUUAUGUGUAAAUAAUAUGCCUUAGGAGAGUUUGCCCUAAAAUAUGGCUUAAACAUGUAGUACUAAAUAAACUAACAAAUAAGAAGAAGUUGCAUUGUGCUCAGUGCUAUGGAGGGGUGUGUGGUAUGGCAAACAUGACAUAUGGAAGCCAUUUUAGGUGAGCUUGAUAUGAAACUUGUUCUGCUCCUUUUAUUUGUAAAAUAUCUUUUCUGAGAUGUUGCAGGUAAAAUAAAUGUAUAUCUAUAUAUAAUUUUCUUCCCACAAAUUUUCUUUGGUUUUUAUUUCUAUAGACUUUGUCUAUGUUACCAUCAAGGAUUGUACGGUUACUGGAGUUUGUUGGGUUUUCAGGAAAUAAGGCAAGUAUAUGUUUGUUUAUGUUGUUUCAUUUAUUAAAAUCUUUUAUAUGCCACCUGUCAUUUCAAAAGACAUACCAAGGCACUUCUCUGGGCAAUAAUAAAAUACAACAAUAAAAAUCCUAUAAAUAAAAAACUGUAAAACAUCAGUAUUGAUUGCAGUAGCCAAAAAUGCCAGGAGUCAGUAUUAGCGGUCAGCAAAUGCCUGGGUAAAUGAGUACAUUUUUAGUUGCACCCCAUAGCUGGCUCCCAAAUGCUCUCUAAGCUAAUAUUAUUUCAGGGUAGGAAGCACCACUGUGAACAUUUAGUUGGCAUCUAUACAGUACAGACAAAACUAAGAACUGCUACACACACACACACACACACACACACACACACACAUUACAGUAAGAUAAGAUAAGAUAAAUAAAACUUUAUUCGCAUUAGCCUUUGGCCAUAGCAACAGUAAAACAUUACAGUAUAUGCAGAAAAGGAAAUUUGAUAUAAAAGUACAAUUUAAAGUCCUGAAUCAGCAGUCAGUUAGUGGCCCUUAUUCUGAUUGCCCCUGCUAUGAACCUAGCAACCUUUGCUGUUAUCUGCUCAUUUUGAUCUUGUUAUGUACUGAGUUGAAUAGGAUCCAAACUGCAGCAGUCUGAUUGGUCCUAGAACAAUAGGAUUCAGAAUGCAGCAGUCUGAUUGGUCCUAGAACAAUGCAUCAGUAUGAUUGGUUGGCAGGAACCACCCAAUCAUGCUCCAGAUAUAAGUGAAUCCACAACCUGAUUGGCUUACAGUAGAAUUCCAGAAUUAGCCAAUCAUGUGCAGCCCAUUGUGUAAAUAAUGUAUAUAAAGCAGAUACUUUGAGGGGACAUUCACUCAUUCCUCCUCACCACUAUGAGCUGAAUAAAGAGCAUGAAAUCACUUUGCGACUCUGAGUAUAUUUCAGAUCUGAUAGAAGAAAGGACAUUAUGGCAGUGGUUGAGCACCCUGGGAUGGUCAGUACGAGUGGAGUGAUGAUCUCGUUCCUAAAAUCUUUGUAGAGAGUACAGGACAGGAAGACUUGUGCCGCUGUUUUGGUGCUACCAUCUCCACAGGGGCAAAGACGUUUCUUAGGCGGAAUCUUUUGGAAUCGACCCUCAGGUACCGCAGAUGGCACAACAUCCAGUCUUGCAAGUGUAAAAGCACAUCUAUUUUGGGAUAAUAAGUCUGUGCGGAUAUGGGGCCAGAGAAUCAAAAUGGGGAGAUGAAAACAGAACAUACCAAGGGCAGAAUUUCCUUAUAGUGGCCAGGUUGUUCUGGUGCUCGAUAUCUUUUAGACGCUGACCAGUUAGACUGUUUGCUUUAGUGGGGCCCAAAGUGAGUAGAUGUUGUGGGGAUAGGCCACAAGAGUGAAGUUUUUGAUAGGCAGUUUUAAGCCAGGCACUUUUAUGGGAGUCUUGAAGUACUAGGGAUAGUAAACUGGGGGGAUUUGAGUUUAGGUGAAGCCAGGGGUAAAAAGUUAUUUGCCAAGUCCAUAGUUCUACUGAAGAGAGACUUGCCUCCAGUCUCAACAAUGCGUUUGGGAUGCAUGGCGGUACCGAAAAAAUCUGCCUUAGAAACUUUGAUUGAACAGCUUCCAAAGUGCCAAGGUGGUUACCAGUCCAAGUCUGAGCCCUGUAUAGUAGCUGUGCUAGGGGUUUAGCUUGGAAGGCUUCUAGGGCUGAUGGUAUAUAUUUGCCACCCUUUGUAUGGAAAAAGCGAGUCAAAGUCUUGGCACUUUGGGAUGCUUUUUCUUUUGCACAUUUUUGGUGUGCUCCCCAUGACCCCGUGGACUGGAAGAUAAGGCCCAAAUAUUUGAAAGCUUUGACCUGUUCGAUAGGCUGAUUGUCCAUACACCAACUGUGGGGCCUAUAUUUUCUUGAGAAAACCGUAACUUUGGUUUUCUGAUAAUUUGCGACCAGGUGUUCUCUCUGGUAAUACACUGAGAAUUCUCUUAUCAAUCUUUUUAGGCCUAUUUUUGUUUGGGAUAAGAGGACCGCAUCAUCAGCAUAUAAUAGUACAGAGAUUGGUUUUGAGGCCAGUUUAGGAGCGUGGAAUUCUGAAGAUGUUAGGCACUGGACCAUGUCGUUUAUGUAUAGGUUAAAGAGUGCCGGGGCUAUAAUGCACCCUUUGUGGCUGGGACAGAUCCUGUAAGUUGGCCAUUUGUAGAGCAACACACUUCCAGCACAGUGUCUUUAUAAAGGCAGUUAAUCGGAUAUAAUAAUCUUUUGUCUAUGCUUGAGGUGUUUAAUUUGGCCCAUAGACUUACUCGUGAGAUUGAAUCAAAAGCAGCUUUCAAAUAAAUGAAAGCAGCAUACAGCACACCGCAGGAUUGCUUGGCGUACUUAUCUAUGAGGUGGGCUAGGACGAAGCAAUGGUCUAUAGUACCUGCCUUGCCUGAAUCCUACUUGCUCGCUCUUCCACAAGGAUAGUCUCAGCAUCAAUCCAGUUGAUUAAUUUAUUGUGGAGGUGUUUUGCAUAUAAUUUACUAACUAUAGAUAAGAGGCUGAUAGGUCUGUAGCUGGCCAGAUCCCAUGUAGGGCCCUUUUUGAAUAUUGGGAUGAUUACCUCAAUGGCCCAGCUGUCGGGGAGUAAACCAGAUGAAUCAAUGUGAGAGAGUAGUGCCACAAGCAGAGGUGCCCACCAGUCAAUAUUGGACUUCAAAAGUACAGGGGGCAGGUGAUCAAUGCCUGGGGCUCUAUUGUUUUUUAGCUGUGUAAUUAGGUCUUUUACCUCAGUCGUGGACACUGGGGGCCAAGCUGGUAAGUUUUCUGGAGAUACUGCUGCGUGAUUAAGCUGAGCAUCCUGGUCUUGGAAAAGUGAGCGGUAGUACUGCGUUACAUGCCUGCUGUAGAGAAACCUCAAUACAUUGUGCCCUUUGUGUGACCAAAUGGCACAUCUUCUAAGGGGAACACAUGUUAAUUGCUAUUGCAUUUUCUGUAACCACUACUUCAUUCAUUUGGUGUUUUGUAAAAGAGAUGUCUGAUAACUUUAUUGGGCACUAUGGUGACAUACAUUGAUAAUGUUCUCCUGUACUAGCUGAGUAAACCAAUUUAACUUUCUGUGUUGGAAGAUACUUCUCUCCUUAGUUACGGUGGAACAAAUAGAGCAAACCACAGGUGUAAUUAAUUUACAACCAUUUAUCUGACUGUGAUGCAGGAACAUGGUCUGCGACAGCUUCAAGAAGGAGCCUCAGUGUACAGCUUUAGGUCUGUGCUGUGCACUAUGCUGCUGCUCUGCUAUCAUACCUUCAUGACUUUUGUGCUAGGUAGGAUUCAUUUUCUUCUCUAAAUGUUGACCCUUCAUACAUCCAAAAUGGCAGGGGGAUAGGAAGGAGUGUGUUCAUCACAAAGCUGGUUGUGAAUACUUAUUCAGAAUAGCUUUAGCAUUGUUCAUGUAUGACUUAAUUCUUCACAAACUUUUAUUUUCUUCAAGAAACACUUAAGAUGGAUAUGAUAUAUGCAUAAAGGUAAAGGUAAAGUGGCCCCUGACCAUUAGGUCCAGUCGCGGACAACUCUGGGGUUGCGGCACUCAUCUCACUUUAUUGGCCGAGGGAGCUGGCGUACAGCUUCUGGGUCAUGUGGCCAGCAUGACUAAGCCGCUUUUGGCGAACCAGAGCAGCGCACGGAAACGCCUUUUACCUUUCCGCCGGAGCGGUACCUUUUUAUCUACUUGCACUUUGAGAUAUAUGCAUAGCUUAUCCCAAAAUUCUAAAACAUAUAGACAGUUUUUGAACCAGGCUAAUCCUAGCAAUCCUAAACGGCGUUCCGUGUGCUGCGCUGGCUCACCAGAUGCAGCUUGUCACGCUGGCCAUGUGACCCGGAAGUGUCUGCGGACAGCGCUGGCUCCCGGCCUAUAGAGUGAGAUGAGCGCACAACCCUAGAGUCUGGCAAGACUGGCCCGUACGGGCAGGGGUACCUUUACCUUUACCUUUACUAAUCCUAGCAAUUUAAACAGAAACAUAACAUUAUGAGCUAUAAAUGCAAACAUUUUGUUAGGUGUUUGCUGUUCCCCUAACCACUCUUUAACUUGUUCUAAAAACCUUAGCACAGGUCCUCCUAGUCACUGGGAUCAGAUGAUACGAGGCCUUUAUAGGGAUGCAGCUUUAGGGAGCUUGGGGUUGCUGAUUCUAGAAGUGUGACUCUUCCUGCCCAUAGCUUCAGUUUUACAGAAUCCCCUCCCCAGUGAAACCUGUAAAUGCCCAAACUUGUUUUAAUGAGUUGCCUAAAAGUCAACUAUCUUCGGACUAUUUAGGAGCUGCUCAGUUUUGAUGAGAAUUUCCCUGUAAUCAUUUGCUUUUAAUAUUUUUGUGUCACCAUUAUUUUUGAGCUAAAUUAAUGUUUAUAUUUGGCCUUGAGAGAAAGUAUGGAAAGGACUCACAAUGUAAACUAAGUCUGGGCUACCCCCACUUUCUAAUUUUUUGUUCUCCCAAUUAAUUUAGGGACAGGAAAAGGAAAUGUUGAAGAAGCAGAGAAACUUCUUAAGCCUUACUUGGCUCGAUAUCCAAAAGUAAGAUAUAUCUUAAAUAGGCCUGAUAUGUGUACCAAUGUAAUAUCUUACUGUAGAAAGAUGAUUAAAUGUAUAUGAAAAUUGUUGCCAAUGUUUUUUCUUGAUUUAUUCCAGGGAUCCAUAUUCCUGUUUUUUGCAGGGAGAAUAGAAACAAUAAGAGGCAAUGUUGAUGGAGUAAGUAAUUUGUUUUUAUCCUUCACAUACCUUCCUUGGGGCUUAAGAAAUCUUUGGCCUUAUGAUCACAGUUCCUGGUGGGUUUUGCUCUCUGCAGUACAGUACUUGGCCACACUAAGAGUGACAAAUGGAUGUUGGUCUGAAAGAAGUAGAAGGGCAUGCAACUGGUUGACCUGGCAGAUUUGAUAAGAAGGAUUCAAUAAAGAUUGUAAGCAAAUCACGGUAGAAAAGCAAGGCUAUUUGCCAUCUUAUUUUCCACAUGAACCUGACCAUAUAUGAAGGUCAUCUUCAGAGGUCCUUCUCCACUGGUGCAACCCUGUCACUGGUUGAGAUGCCCUUCAGCUGUAAUGUCUCUGCUGUGGACUACCUUCCCCACCUGGUGCAAAGCCUGACAUUUUUUCAGCAUCAGGUGAAGUAUUUGCCUAGGCAUUUUAAAUCAUUUGAGCCUUUUGGAUUUAGAUUUUGGACUGGUUACAACUAUUUCUGCUCUGCUGUGUGAGUGUAGUGGUGGGUUUUUAAACUUUUAUUAUUUUAACUUCAUGCAAGCCUCUCUGAGUAUUAAAAGUGAAUAUAAAUACUUCAACAUAAAUAAAUGGAGCAUCUAUUAUUGUUAGGUACUGGGUGGAAACAACACUAAAUUACUACUAAACUGUGAAUUGGCUCUUGGUUUGAGAACCAAUAUGAUGUGAUAGUGUUUUGCUAGGACUUGGCAGACGCAGAUUCAAAGCUGCACACCACCUCGAACCUCACUGAAUGCUUUUGGGUUAGUAUUUUCUCGCUCAGCCUAACCUAUCUCACAGUGUAGGAGGUGAGGAACAAUAUAUGCCCCCUGAACUACUUGGAGGAAAUGUAGCAUCAAAAUUGAAUUAAAAGUAAGAAAUAACGUUUCUAAGCAAAUAUAUUGAUAUCUUCUGCUAUUUCUGUCUCCCCUUUUGCAUGGAGAUGCAGACUGUCAGAACUGAUUGUAGUAUGUGAUUGAUACAGGAACAGUAGUGUAUGGCUUCUGGCCUGAGUGCAUGCUUGACAAGUAUAUUCAAAAGCUGUGCUGACAUUUUUGAAUGAGGGGUGUAGUCCUUUAAGGUUUUCUUUUGAUUUUCUAGGCCAUCAAAAGGUUUGAAGAAUGUUGUGAAGCCCAGCAGAAUUGGAAGCAGUUUCAUCACAUGUGCUAUUGGGAACUCAUGUGGUGCUUCACAUACAAACGUCAGUGGAAGAUGGCAUACUUCUAUGCAGAUCUGCUCAGCAAAGAGAACACCUGGUCCAAGGUGAGUACAAGGAUGAUGUGCUGACGAGCACAUCUGAUAAAGAAAGGUAAUGUUAUGGUGUGAUUUGGAUCAAUCAGUUUUCGAGUAGACUUAUUCCAGGUAGACAUUAAAAUAUGAUUGAAAGGCCACUGAAGAUAUAAAACAAUGCUAUUCCUAGUUGUACUUUAGUAGCAGACACUUUGUCCUCUUAAUCAAGCUCAAGUGGCAUAUGCUGUUGCAUAGAGCCAGAGUCCUUGAGAGGCCUAUAGCUUUGGUCUUCUCUCUUGUUCUGAGCUGUUCAGUAAGCAUAUGAAGAGAAGCCAUGUCUGCUGGCUCAUUUCCACUGUGUCCCUGAUUGCUAUCUUUUAAAUUUCCCCCGAAGAAGUGAUUGCUUUCCAUUGAGAAAGAUUAGGGGCUUCUGAUAGAAAUUGUCUUCAUUUUUAUACAUUUGGUCAGCUUAACCUGUCCAGGUCUGCCUUUUGUAAUAUCCCAAAUCUUUCUCCUCCCUUCAAGCAGCUUGUUUUGAUAAUAAAUGUGUGUUCAAUUUCCUGUGUAGGAAUCCUGUCUCGCUCAGAUAGCAAGAUGUGUACUCUUGUGUUGUCUAGAAAAAAAGGCUCACAUUUGCAUGAAAUUUGAAAGCCUUCUGUGCUUUUGCUUACUCUUCAAUAAUUGGGUAGUUUUUCAGUUCUCUGCUUGACUUGCUAAAAGCCUUUCUUUGCUAAUUCUGAUUGGAUACACUUUCAGUCCAAAUAAAUGUCUCACAGCAGAACCAACUGCUGCUUUGGCAAGAGAAAUUCCGGUUGGCUGUGGGGUAGAUGUUCUGCUUCUCUUUUGUUCUGAGACAACAUGUGUCUUCAUUUUGAAGUGGCUUGAAUAAAUGAGUAGUUAAAACCGUAUAAGUUUGGGCUUCUUCUUAUGGUAAGAUAUUGAGCUGGGCAGUAUAGGAAUCUUGUAUUAUUAUACUUAGUCAUGUGUGUUUCCCAUUUUUAUAAGUUUCUUCCCCUUAUGCUUUUUAAAUGCUAUGUAAAUCAGGAUUUUCUUAUAAAAAUUCAAUUUUACUUUUGCAAGGGAUAAUGUGCCUGGCAGGGUAGGGGUGGGGGUUGUGAAAUAUAUUGCUAGUCGGUCUUGCUACCUGAUUUGGACACUUAGAACAUAUUAGCCCUAUUGACGUGUUAUAGUCAAUGCAGUUGCAGCAAGGCUUAGUUCCUGCUGACAAUGGGUGAACCUUUGUCUCGACUGUACCACUUUAGACUAUAAGUGAGUGCUCACAUGCCUGAACGCUUUUCUUUACAAAAAUUGCCCACACAUAGAAACUUAGCCAUUUCCCUAGUUUCAUGUAGAGAUUGUUGUUUCGUAUGAAUAAGCAUCCAGUCUUUUGCACCUCCAUCUUCAGUCUGAAAUGGAACCAUUAAACAUAGAUUUACCACUUUAGGUGAGGACAAAGCCUAAGAAUAGCCUGCUUUCGGGGCAGUGCUAGUCAAAUGGCAGUGCUGUUGGAUUACGAUUCUAGACUAAUGGUGCCUUUUUUUAGCCUAUAAAAACAAUGUUAAUCAGGAUAGAUUCAUGCCAUCCUCAGGAGUGAGCAAAGGAAUAGUAAUGACCAUAGUCAUGUACUUUUGACUUAACUUCCUUGAAACCAAGUGCCCAAAAGCUGUUCCUUGGUGUAAGAUCUGUUUUCUGCAAACACACACACACACAUACUAAACUGUAAAAGCAGGGCUUUUUUUCAGCCAGAAAUCAUUGGAACUCAGUUCCGGCACCUCUCAGGUGUGCGCCAUUGCCAUAAUAAGAGAACAAGGGAGGCAUUCAUGGUGCAUUCCGGCACCUCUUUUUCUAGAAAAAUAGCACUGUGUAAAAGUAUGUAUCUGUACACACAUCUUCUUUGCAAGUAGAAAAACUUGGAUACAGAAAGAAUUGAGUUCUAGUAUAUGUUUCUGAUGUAUUUACUUCCCUUUUCUGCUUCGUUUUGGUUACAAUAUCCUAAUGCAAGAAUAUAUGUUCUAGGUAAUUUCACUUAUGAUAGUAUAAGGCCAUAUCCCUUAAAUGUUUCACCAUGCUGUCUUAGAUAUUGAAGAUGACACAGGAAUAUAAAUUACAAUAAGGAUUUUUAAUCAUACGUAAUUUUCAUUUUAGGCUACAUACAUAUAUAUGAAAGCAGCUUAUCUCUGUAUGUUUGGACCAGAUGAUCAUAAGCCUUUUGGGGAUGAUGACGUUGCACUAUAUCGGUAAGAUUACUUGACUCUUCACAAGGCCUAUAUAUUGACUGAGAUUAGUCAUGAAAGAAAUACCCAUUGUAUUCAGCCCAGCUCUACACCUAAAAUUGUAACUUUGUACAUUCCUCUGUAUUUAACACCAAGCCAUAUUUUAAUUUAUGGUCAAUGGGAUAAUUCAACAACAUUUCUUGAAUAUAGUUUUAAUUCUCUCCUACUACUUGAGACAUGGGAAUCCUACCCACAAUAACAUUAACUGAAUCUCUUCUUCUGUGUCACAUGGGAUAGAGGGUCAAUAUUAAAUGUAUAUGGAGCAACACAUGAAAAUCUUAACACUUCUAUAUAGGCUACAUUCUAGCCACAGAAGAGAUGAAAGUUUCUGCACCCCAAUUUUGCUCCGUCCUGGCAUGCAACAGGGUGAUCACAGUGUUAAGGAUGCAUGUGAACCAGACAAGGCAAGCCCUUAAGGAGGGCAUGAAGCAGAACUGGAAGGGUUGUGGCCUAUGGAGAAGCCUGCAGGGAGUAUUUGGUGGUCUUUAACUCUGGGGCAAGACAUGGGGUGGAUAAUUUGAAUUGGAUGUGCCAUUACUGCAGCUGAUGUAGUACCAUCCUCAGGUAUUUGUUCUAGGAAACUUGGAAAUGCCAGAAUCCUCUAACUUCUGUAGCUGCCACAAAGUGUUUUUAAAUUACGUACAGGUUUAAGGGGCCCUGAGAUGCAUGUCUGAUUCUGUCACUAAGCAGCUGCCCAGAGGUCAGGUGUGAUGUAGGAAUGGAUGGCUCCUCCAUGAAUGCAGAGCAAGAUGUCUAGUUAUUCUAUGAUGGUGACAUUUUGAUGGUGCUGUAUUCCUCCUCCACUACCACUUUCCUUCUUUCUGUUUUAUGUUCUUUUAAAUACCUAGGUGUUUGUGUAUUUGUUUACAAUCAAGCAGUAUACACAUUUUGUUAAAUAAAAUAAGUACUUCUUCAGAGCUGAUCACCUUUAGAAUGGAAUCUGCUGCUUGACAAUGCAUAUGGAAAAAUAUAGGGGAGAGUUUUCAGUUCUGAUUUUGUCUUUCUAGUUCAGAGGGCUGCAGUAUGUAGUAAAUAAAGCAAAUGAAAUUUUGUAUGCUUCCUUUCAUCUUCCCCACACCUCACAGGGCUGUGCCUAGUUUGAAACUGAAAAUAGCAGGAAAGUCCCUGCCUACAGAAAAAUUUGCAAUUCGGAAAUCCCGCCGAUAUCUAUCCUCAAAUCCUGUUCCACUUCCUGUACCUGUUUUGGUAAGAUUCCCCUGCCCAUCCAUUGCUUAGAGGUCUCAUUAUUUAUAUAAAAACUUCCCUGGUAUUUCUUUUUUAAUUGAAAUGGUUGUUGGGGGGUGGGGAGAGGCUUGAAAUGCUUCUGUCGUGGCAGCUAAUAAUGGAUACUGCCUGUGCAUACUUUCAUGCAUAUGCCCUGCUGUACCAGGGAAAAACAGGUGGGUGGAUCAUGUGGACAACAGCUUAAGUAUAUAGAAAUGUAUGCAGUCAGUUGCAUAACACAUUGUGGAUAAACCAUAUUUUCAUGGUUCUUUGGAUUGUCCUGAAUACCACCAUUUGGUAGCUAAGCCCCAAGCCAAAAUUCCUGUUUGGAAUGCAUUUUGGCUUGCCUCCUGAUGAAACUGAGUGUGUGAUGAUUGAUAAUAUUGUCAUUUAUCUGUUUUAGACCCCCUAAGUAGUAGCAGUUGCCAGGACAUUGUUCUGUUCGCCUCAGACAUUGUGGUAGAUUGCAGUGUUUAGCUGGUGAUAUUGUGAGGUUUAGCUAGUGAUAACAUUGCAACGUUUAGCUGGUGAGUUAUCACAAUGUUGAAAACCAAAUAUCUCCCAGCUCUUACACACAUUGUGAUUCGUGAUACAUUGCCAGCUCAAAUAUUAUGAAACAAUUAUUACGAUGUGAACUUCAAACCAGUUUUGCAUGAUAUAUUGAUAAAUCACCCAGUCUUAGCCUGCAUCCAGUGAUUAUGGCUACUGGGAGCAAAUAAGCACCUACAUUACAUCUCUUUCAGGUCAAAGUUAGUGGAGUCUGGUAUUGAAACAUGUGACUCUUGCAAGCCACCUUGACUUCUAUGUGUCCUCCCUUUUCUGCUGAACUUGCACCACAAACACAGCAGAUGGUGCUCUUUAACAAUUCUCUCCAUUGAGGAACUGGAAGUUGGUAUUGAAGCUAUUUAUAGCACUCUGUUAAUAGUUAAUUGUGCUAGGUCUAUUUGGUUUGGAUCGAAAGGUCCUUACUGCUGAAAGCUUCUAAUUUAAAGUGGGGGGGAUAUAUUUUGUACUGCAAUUUUUAUUUUUAUUUUCUUCAAAUCCCUGCUAGAAUGAUCUUGACAAAAACACAGUUUCUGCAUUCAGUUACAGAAUUGUUCAGUACAAAAUAUAUAAAGCUGAUAUACAAAGUGAUGCUGCUUCAGUUGAAUCUGUUCAGUCUAAUCUACCAAGACAGGAAGAAAAGUAAUGUGCAGGGUGGCCUAACCCAGAUAAAAAGUAGCUAAGAGGAAUAAAUAGUAUAGGAUCAAAUGUUUUGCUUUUUAUUUGUCCAAGGAGACUACAGACCUUGCAAUUUUUCAGUCAUUGCAUACCUUUCCAUAGCAGUGGGUGUUCAAAGUAGAUAGAAAUAAAAUGGAACACUUUCUUGCACAUCUCGGCAUAAUUGGGGGUGUGGCUAUUGGCAUUCUCUAAGAACAAAGGAAUUCAGCUAGGCUGGAUGGACAGGCUGAACAUUGUUUGCAGGGGGGAAAGGCAAGGCCUGAAAUCUGGCAAAAAGUGUAGCAGUUCAGUUGGUCCAGCAGUAGAUAAAAUUUUCACUGCUACGUGCAUCAUGCACAUUUUUAUAACAUUCUGAUCUUUGAAAAAGUGGUUGUAAAAUAUAUUUCAGAGGUUAACUAGUUCACAAGCAUUAUUGUUAUUAUUAUUAUUAGUGCUUUUUUUCUGGGGGGGAUGCAGGGGGACUCAUACCCCUAAACAUUUUGUGAAUCUAAGUUUGGCCUCAUUGAGGGGCAGUAUUUCAAUAUGAGUAGGAAAAUGAGAGUACCCCUAAACAUUUUCCCCCUGAAAAAAGUUCUUCUUCAUAUUCAGCAUUUAUGCAUACUCUUUGAACAAACUGAAGUAUACCAGAUCAAUCACCUUUGUAAUCUUUAUACAACCCUGUAAGGUAGGGCAAUAUUAUCCCUAUGUUGCAAGUGGAGAGUGGGUAGACUAAGACUGAAAUAUGGUGGCUUGCCUAAGAACCGCAUUGUAUUGUGGUUGAGGUGAGAUUCAAACGUUAAGUCUGCUGGUUCAUAAUUUAGUCAACCUGGUAUUCAACAACAUCUGGAGAACUACAAUUCCCAUCAGCCUCACCCAGCAUCAGUCAAUCAUUUUAUUUGUAUGCCGCCUUUCCAAAGUGCUCAAAGCGGCUUGCAACAUAUUUUUUAAAAUAACAUAGCUAUAAGCCUAGCAAAAGUAGCCAUAAACAAUAAACAAAACAUCAAAAAGUACGCAGCUAAAUUGAACAAUUUCCACAUAAAUCAUAAGAGCCAAAAUAAAUAUAUAAAAAAUAAUAUCAACGACAGGAACCCCUGCUCCCAAACAAUGCCCCAGUCCCAGAAUGUCCUGUGGUCAGGGUUAUGGGAGUUGUCAGUGGUGUUCUGUUGUACAGCAUUGUUUUGGUGCCCCCUGCAAGGCAGGACCCAGUGCAACCCCACCAGUCCUGCUACCCUAAAACCACCUCUGGAGUUGUUGUAGUCCACAACAUUGACAGGAACUUUGCGGCUACCCCUGCCUUAGUCUGUUGAACACUUCCCCCACAUUAACAUCACUUGCUACGCUUCUCAUUUGAAUUUUAAAUGGAAAAGCAGCUGAGCUUCAUUUCAGUGUCUCUAGUCAGACCACUGAUAGGGAAUGGAGCCAGAAUAUUAUGAUCAUAAUAGGGCUAUGUUUAUUUGGGCUACAAAUUAUAGAAGGGAGAGGCUUUCACUAGAUUUUUUCCACAGAACCCUGAGUUCUUUUAAGUAUUAUAGCCAACUAGCUUCAAAACCCAAAUGCAAAUAUGGGAAAUAAAGUUUAAUAGCCCAUUAAAUUCAUUAUCUCAUGCUUCCUUGAGGUCAUCACAUGGCACAAAUAGUCCUAGUAGUUCCAUCUUCUCUGGUUCCUUUGGAAAGUUCUUUCUGUUCCUUCCCUGCUCGCUUCUUUUUUGCGUUAUUCACUCAUAUGCUAGGUAACAUCUGAAAUAGAAAUACCCAUAUAAAAGUUUCAGCUACUAUAUUCCUGCUUACCCACCUCUGCUAUCCCAUUGCUCUUGCCAUUUCACUAUUGAUCACCUGUUUUUAAGGUCCAAACUAGAAAAGACUGGAAAGAAUUAUAAAUGUAUGUAUAUUUAUAUUUAUUCAUAUACAGGCAACUUCCCACUUAUGCAGGGAUUACAUUAUGGGUCCUCGAAUGCAUAAGUUAAAUGUAUGUAAGUUGGGUACACCCUCUAAAUGCCUUAAUUCUAACACUAGCUUGAUGGGAAUUUAGAGGGGGCUAGCAUUCACAAACUCAUAACAAUAUUAAAGGGGAUAUAUGUGGGUGCACUUGUGCAAAUUCAGCAUUUAUUAGGAGUAAUGUUAGAAAAUGCAACAAUAUUAUGUCAUGGUCAUCAGGUGGUUGAAAUGAAAUGUGACAAGAGUGUCAGUGGGAUAUAGGCCAUUAUUCGUCAGUUCCAGUGUAGUAAUUAAGUACUCAGCGAUUCAGAUCAAACUUCCUAGAAUCAGUUUUCCAGUUGGCCCCAUAUUGAUAACAGCUCCUGGAUUUUGUGAUUACAUGUUACACAGGUGAUCUCAGCUUAGCAAAGGAGCAAACUAAAUGAAAUAUUUAUGUCUAAUUCUUACCAUUAAUAUUAAUCAGAGCCAAUAUGUUGCUUGCCAUGGGAGCUAUUUGCUUCUCCCCAGGGAUUCUUUCCUUUACUGAGUUUGCAUACCAAUAUCACAAAAAAAUGUCCUGUUGAUUCUUUCUCUUAUCCUUUGGCUGAGUUGCUAUGGACAUGAAUGUUCACAGACAUUCUGCACCAUCAGAGUGAAUGAGUCAGCAAUUUGCUGUCUGGUCAACUUGAAGCUUCCAUGAUAAAACAAAAUAGUUCAUUUUAGAAAGAGCUUAUGCAGACCAAAGGUUGUGAGAACCAGUAUGAGUAGGUUGGAAAGAAGGCCUAGGAGGUAGGGUGGCUGAAGAAGAAAUGAAACCAUGGAACAAGGAGCAGGAACCUUAUGAAAAGGUUGGUAGAAGAAGCAGACUUGAGACAGAGAGAAAUGGGAUUCUGGAGAAACCAUGAGAAAGAGGAUCUCAUAUGGCUUUGGGACAAGAUGCUAUGAUGAGAGAGAGAGAGCAGUGUUGGUUUACCUAGGAAGCUGAACAGAGGUUUGAAAUCCAGAAGGCUAAAGUGAGGAUAGUGUAGGCAGCUGGCUAAAGCUAUCUUGAUUUUGAGGAAAUUAUGAGUGGGGAAGGUUGAAGAAAGGAGGAGCCAAGUUCAAAAUGAAUAUUGAAGGAAAAUAGUAAGUGAAUGAGGGAGGCCAAAUCCACCACUGGGGAGGUAAGAGGUGGGGGAGCAGAAGUUACAGUCUUGCAGUGUUGUAAAGACAAUCAAAUGAAUGAGUUGGCUUUCUGGGAGUUAAAUGGUUCUGGAGGUUUUUUGUCUGUUUUUGCUGAAACUGGCUAACUCUGCUUCCAGAAUAUUUGAACUAAACCAGCUAAUUGUUUGGGCUUAACACCUCCAGUUUCCAGUAACUAAAUUUCUCUACUGCUGUAACAACAUGCUCUACUCUGUUCUCGCGUCUAGGAGAUGAUGUAUGUCUGGAAUGGUUAUGCAGUGAUUGGGAAGUGUCCUGACCUGACUGGCGGUAUGUUGGAGUGCUUGGAAGAUGCAGAAGCAGCCCUGGAAAGGAGCCCAGGUAACUCAUGUCUAAUUUCAGAGGGUGUAGUCCGUGAGAGAUUGUGGUUGUCCGUCGAGUUGUUAGACGGUAAACCUAUUAGCCCAUUUUUAUUUAAUCAGCAAGUGGAUUAUGGGUCAAUGAGUUGAUGAUACAGAUGGUAGCAGUAUUUUUACUGUUGCUUUGGCCUCCCCUCCCCAGUUACUACCUUAUUAAAUUGGGGGGGAAAUACUAUCGUAUUUUUCCGUGUAUAAGACUAAAAAAUAAUGACAAAAUUAGGGGGCAUCUUAAACAUACAUGGGGCCAUUUCCCCCCCAUUUUCUUAAAUCUGAGUCCCCCAAAGUAGGAGGCGUCUUAUACAUGGGGGCGUCUUAUAGACGAAAAAAUACAGUAAUCACUUCCAGGAAUAUAUUUACAACUAUUUUUAGAUUUAUUUUUUUUAAAAAAAAUAUUUAUUACUUUUAUGGAUUACAAAAAGAGAAAAAAAAACAGAAAAAAAAGACAAAGGAGGAAAGCAAAAAGAAAAAAAAAAUACAAUACAAUAUAUAGACAAUGCAAAACACACCUAAACUCAAAACUAAACACAUUAAACUAAACUAAACAAACCCCACUCCCUAACCUUAACCCUAAAUGAAACAAAACAAAAACAAUUUAAAAACAUACAUAAUCUCUUUUCCGUACUCUAUCUUUCAUUCCCUUGUUUCCUCGACCUCCUCUCACCUCCCUUUUUGUAUUCCACUUCUGUUAAUUGUUUCAGCAAAUCCUUUCCAUCUUUCUCCAUUUUCUAUCAUAUUGUAAAUAACGUAUUUUUUAACCUUAUUUUCCAUUAAAACUAAAAUACUUAUAUAUGCUUAACUCCUGAUAACAUUUCUGCUAAGCCCAUAAAAAAUCAUUCCACCAUUUUUCUAUCACUCAUUAGUUUUACCAUAAAUCUAUAUAUAAACUUUAAAUUUUCCAAUCUUCUUCCACCAUCUCCUCUCCCUGGUUUCGGAUUCUGCCAGUCCUUUCCGUCAACUCCAUAAAGUCCAUCAACCUGGUGAUCUUAUGUCCGAGGCUCUUAACUCUUUUCCAAGUCCCUUCUGCAGGUCUUCUUCAUUUUCUUUAAUGCUAAAGAGCAAAUCUCGGGGAAACUCCAACCUGUCAAUCCUUUUCUUCCUUCUGAACAGAUCAGCCAAAUUUCCAUAGUUAAAGCUACAGUCCAUAAAGUAUUUCAGGGCAUAUUUCAAGAUUCCUCCAAGUCCAAAGGCCCCCAAAACUUCAAUCUCCUCCAGGCCCGAGUCCAUGUCCCAAAAGUCAGUUAAUCCCUGCAUAGAGGGAUCUUUCCAACUUUCCUUCUUUAGUCCAAGCCGGGAUCCAUUCCUCAGAGUCUGACUUUUCCUAGAUUCAAUCAUAAAAGGCCUCAACUUAUAGUCCUCAAUUUGCUUCUGUAAAGCCACGGAUCUCACUUGUAUUACUUUAUGUUCAACAACAGCAGCAUCCUCCUUCUCCUCCACCAUUUGUCCUGCCAAAAUGGAUUCCUGUACCAAGUCCUGAAUUAUUUCUGUGUUGGUGUUCGCUUUUUGACUCAAAUUAGUCACUUUCUGUUCCAAAUUAUCAACUUUAAAAGUCAUGUCAUCCAUCUUCUUGUGAAGCUGUCCCAGCGAACAGCUUAUCUUACAUAAAACAGUCACAAUGGCCUCUCCUGUCAACAUUUUUAAAUGGUCCAAGGUCACUCUCUGGUUCUCAGAAUCCUUAUCUGCAGCUGGAAAUCCCCCAGUUACACUCCUGUAACAGUUUCAAAAGCUCCCUCUAGAGGGAAACAGUCUCCACUUGUAUCAGUUCUUUCAGGCACAACUCAAGCAUUAAAGAUAAAUUUUCAGUUACUUUUCCUCUUUUUUUUUAAACGCAGAAAGGGACAAUGGAAACAGUAUCUUACUCUUGUUUAGCUAGCUGUCAAAUCCGUUCUGUCAAAUGCACUCUCUCCAAACGUCAUCUGGCAGCCCGUUCCCAGGUUCAGAGCAGUGGUAAUUUGAUUUUUCACUCUCUCCUACAGGCUCACUAGAUCCAAAAUUUCCCCCUCUUCUCCUGCUUCCAAGGGGGGUUUUGUAUUUUAAACCGAUGGAAAUUUAAUCCUUUGCCAAAAGCUUUCAAAGACUUUAACUUGUAACAUCUUAGCUUCAGUCUAUUUACAAAAACGGAAGGCGGACUUCCUGUUUAUUACCUUCCCGCUUCAGUGCCAAAUUAAAGUAUUUAAAAAUCCAAUUUUCCGUUUUACUCACGAGUAGUUGUUUAAAAUCCAAUUGUCCACAGGAAAAAGUCAGCGCUCUCCGGCAACAGCAAUGCGACUUCACUCCGUGAAAGAAGCAGUCGAUUCAAAGCACCGCGCCACUCACCCCACGUCACUCCGGAUCCCCAAAACAGGGUUCCCCCGCGAGUAGGGGAGGCGCAAAAGGUGCCAGCCAGAUCCCAGGUUCACAAGCUUCUCCCGCUUGUGAUUUCAAUGGGUCUCCACCUUCGCCGUGGCGGUCAGACCCUGUUUUUCACGGAGCAAGUUCCUCCCGAACGGAGGAGCUCCGCCAUUGCUGGAGGCGCCAACCCGGAAGUCCAACUAUUUUUAGAUUUGGAUGUAAGUUUGGGAAGUCGACUUUUCCUGACAAUAAAUUGACUGCUUUCAGUCAGUCUCUGUGUUGGGAGAAGUUGACUACCCUUUAAGGAUGCAGUGGUAUAACUGCAUGUAUGUUGGUCGGUGUGGUAGGGGGCGAGAUACAAGAAAUAAAUGACUUUGGCAGUACAGGGACACAGGACUUUUGAACAAGAUGCAAGGGGAAAUAUGUAUGUAUGUUUCAAGCAAAGCUCUUUUUUGCUUAAUUAUGUUUGGUUGUAUUCAACAUAAAACUAAGUAAAUAGUUCCAUCAGCACAAAAAUUUCUAUUUGCACAAUGUUGUUGUUGUUUGUUGAUGUUUAUUAAAUUUGUAUACCACCCUUCAUCCAUAGGUCUCAGGGCAGGUCACAAGAUAAAACUGCAAUAUAAAAGACACAAAAUACAUAAUAAAAAUAAGAACAAAAACAAGUCAAUAACCCCCCCUCCCACAACACAUUUAAAAGGGCAUUGGAUGCCAAUAAGCCAAAGGUCUAGAACUUCUUCCCACCCCAAUCUGUUCUAAUCUGCAUAGCAGAUUUUGGGAGUUUACAGGUUACAUGAUGGAGGAGGAGAGGGUGGGAAAUCCCACUGCACUUGCAGUAAUCCUUCCACCCUUUGUUUUAUCUUAGAAGGCUUCUGAUCAGUAGCAUGUUCUUAGCUGCUACAUGCUAGUUCUAAAUAACACUUGGUUUUAUUUUUAAUUGACCAUUGGUUGCUGACAUUCUAAUUUGACCAGUCUGGGAUUUUUUUAAAGCUCAGAUAUUUAUUUCAGAUACACCAGUUAAUGAAACCUAGCAAUAAGGAAUGCCUCUUUACAGCUAUUGGUUUCCCCUGCCAUUCUCUUUUUGUCUUCACACGAUAUCAAAGGUUGGAUGAAGCAAAGUUGUACUCAGAAUAGAUCCAUCAAAGUCAAUGGAUAACUUACUCAUAUCCAUUGAUUUCCAUGGGUCUACUCUGAGUAUAGUGCAACGCAGGUGCAACGCAAAAGUUUCUUCCCAGUGCAUCAAACUACAUUUAGCGAAAAGGAAAGGAAAGAAAAAAAGUGCAUUGUCGCUUGGGCCUUUCUGCAGUACAGUAUCUUACAAGGAAGUGCUCUCUCUGUAGGAAGUUUUGUACCUUGUGAAGUAGGACUAGAUGACCAUUGGGUCCCUUCCAACUACGAUUCUAUGAUUCUAUAAGUAGCAAUUGCUCUCAAUGGCAAUUGGAGUAAAAGGGCCACAGCAGGGUAUCCUGUAAGGCUGCAAACAAGCAAGGCGCAAAGAACUGUAUAUAGCCAAUUAUCGGUCAGACAUGACAAACUAAUGCCCAACUGGAUACUGAAACCAGACAGGAAAGGUCACUAUCUUCCCAGACUCUAUUUUUGGAGACACCUGUCAGCAACACCUCCCUUUUUUGCUUGCAUGACUAGACUUUUUUUGCCUCUCCUCUCUUACAUCAUUUAGCUUUUAUGUGGAGUGAUUUGGGUCAAGCACACUUCAUUUUCUCCUUCACCCAACAACUUUAGGUCCUCUUGUAGGCAUUUGUGUGUCACUGCCUUUUAUCUACAGAUAGCAUGGGUUAGCCAGAAGCAACCUCCUUUAAUCUCUUGCUAACCAGCAGUCACUUCAGUUCAGUAAAAAAAUCCCUCUCUCAAGUUUAAAGCCUAUGUUACUUUGGAUCCCAGCAACCAUUGCCUUUCCCCCCAUAAUUAGUGAAAAGAGGCAGUAGAAAACAAACAAACAAAAAACGUGGUGAUUUAUGGUGUAAGUGUGUCACUGAUGUAACUGCAUAUUCUCAUCACACAUCUGUUCUGUAUUUCUUUUCAGCUUAAACUGUGCUAAACCUCAGUUGUACUAUUCAAUCCAUUAAGCUUUCCUUAAGGAUCAUUGUGGAGAAAUCUCAACAGGCUGAUACUUAGAUAACAUGCAGUGGGAUGGUUACUACUUUAAUUAUGGUCACACUUGAUGUAUGGCAUAGGGCAGCUUUCCCCAAUCCAGUGCCCUCCAGAUGUUUAGGACUACAACUCCUAUUAGCACCAGCCAGCAAAGCUGUUGCAGUUCAAAAUGUUUAGAGGGCACCAAGUUGGUGAUAGCUGCUGCUGCUGCUUCUCUCUCUCUCUCUCUCUCUCUCUCUCUCUCUCUCUCUCUGUGUGUGUGUUUGUGUGUGUGUAUUGUGAUGGAAUAGUUUCUUUCUCCCCCUUUUCAAAGUUUACAAAAUUGUCUCAGUUCAGCUCCCUGUUGCUUUAUUUUUCAGCUACAGAUUUGUUUGUUGAUGAUCAGUGUGUAAUCAAGUUACUGAAAGGGUUGUGCUUGAAAUACCUUGGCAAGAUUUCAGAAGCAGAAGAACACUUCACUUACAUUCACUUAAAGUAAGUGUCCCAACUAGAGAAGAUGACAGCGCAGUAAGAAAUACUGAGCCACAUCAGCUUAUCAAAACCUGUGAGCAUUUCUCAUUGGAAAGUGAUUCUAUAGAGAUGUUUCAAAGUUUGGCGUAGUUAAUGGACAACCAUGCAGUUACAUAAAUUGUUGUACAUUUCUGUAUCUCACUAUGUGCCUAAGUGUUGAACUUGCACCUCUGAAUGUUCAGGAUAUAACAGAGGUCAGGAUUAUGCCUAUGUGUCACAGUGGAACUCAGCACUGAUAGUGCUCUUUACAGAGGCAGUCUGUCAGGAGUGGGACAGCAGUAAAUCACAUGACAUCAGUAAAGUUAACUCUGUAUUCAAGAAAAGGUAAUCUCAGGAGGCGAGGCCUAGUGAGCACAGCAACUCGUCCCAUUAAAACGGGGGGUUCCCCAACUGGCACCUCCCACAAUUUCUUUGCAUGCAGCCAGUCCAUGACACAGGCACAUCCAACCCACAAAGCAGGUUCCAGUAUUCUACAAAAAUCCUCAAACAUUGAGGAGACCCUCCUCCUGUUCCUCUGCUGAUUGACAGAAGAGUAUAGGAGAGAGGCUGCCUGCAUCUGCCACAUGAGUGGGUAAAUGUGUAUUGGCCACUUUGGCCCUGCCUACCACUGCCAGAAGGUUGGCCAGGCCUCAGAGGCCUCAGUGCAGCCUCAGGUCAAAAAAGGUUAGUCAUCCCCUGCCCAAGUUGAAUAGAGACAUAACCAUCAUACCACAAAUUUUGCCAGAAACACAAUUUAGCUGUGUCCUGGAGCACAAAAACUAUAUAACCAGCCCCUGCAAUGUAAUGUAUAUUUGUACAAAUAUGCAGAUGCAGAUCCAUGGUUAUAUCACACAUAUAUGACCACAGUGGGGGUCACUUGUUUAAUUGGCUUCCUUAAUCAGCAUAUCUGCCCUGACAUCAUGAUGUCGUUUCAUGCCAGUAAUGUAUUAACUAUGCUGAGAAGUGAUGAGGUCAGCACCCAGGAGACUCGGAAUCUGUGGCUGAUUUAAAUAUUGAUUACAAGCUGAGGCUGAAAAUGUAGAAAUCCAUCUGCACUUCUGGAGCCCCAGUUGUAUGACCUGAUGCUCUACUCUUCAAAAUAGAAAAUGAAUGUGGAAACAGUUGCAUUUCCUGUGCUUCGACCACUCCUUUACUGUCAUGAAACUUUACAUUGAAACAAGGGUACAGUACAUGUAUCUGUACACAGAAUUGCCCUUACUCUGCAAUUCUGUCCCCAGACUGCAAGAUAAUAUCAAUCCCAAUUACAGAUGAACAUGGGACACUCCAUGUUCUGUUAUUAUAUGGUAAGGAAGCUAUAACUGCAUUGACUUGUUUCCUGAAAAUUAAGUCUCUGGCCAAACCUGUGGUGUAACUCUGAAAGCCCCAUGUGCAGGUGCUUGUAGGUAUUAUGUUCAAGUAAGGAUCUUGAGGAGCCUGAGUGAUGCCAUACAAGAAUGGCCAUGGGAUGUUCUUCGGUGCCAAAAAUGUAGAUUAUUUAACAACCUAGGAUACAUUCAGACAAUGUGAAUCAUUCGUGUCAGCACCAAGUGACUUUAUUAUUUGAUUGUAGAUAAAGCUGUUGUUGUUCAUUAAUUGCUAUUUCUUCUUUAAAGUGAAAAGAAGAUAAAGUAUGAUCAUUAUUUAAUUCCAAAUGCACUGCUUGAACUUGCUUUAUUAUACCUGGACCAAGACAGAAGAGAAGAUGCUGUGAAGAUCCUGGAGCGAGCAAAGUAAGCUUAUAAUAAACACUUGAUUAUUAGAACUAGAUAGAGCAGGGGGCUGAAACAGUGGUGGUUAUUUAAGUGGAGUGUUGCAGAGUUCAGUCCUGGGCCCCUUGUUAUUCAACAUCUGUCUAAACAACUUGGACAAAGGAAUUGAGGGGAUACUCAUCAAAUUUGCAGAUGGCAUCAAGCUGGGUGUGGUAGCCAAUGCCUUAACAGAUUGGCCAAUGUUGCCUUAACAGAUUGGAGAACUGGGCCAAAACUUAACACACUGAAUUUCAAUAGGGACAAAUUUAAGGUUCUACACUUAGAUAGGAAUAUGGCAUGAGUUUUGUAUGCUUGUGUAAUACUUUUCUUGAAUAUUCCUUUCUUCCAAACGUUUUCUCUGUGGAAAAAGAGAAAUAUUAAUGUUGUCAUUUAUCCUGAGCUUGUUUUCUAAAUUACUUAAGAAUCUAUUUUCUUCCCUCUUUAGCCAGUAGGGGGAGAAUAAGUGACUAACAUGGAGCAGGGGAGAGCCUAUGGGCUUGGGGAAGAGAAUGUGAUCAUGCUGACUCUUUUUAACAAGGCUUGCUAAAAAAUGUGGGGGUGGGGGAACCAAGACUUGCUUUAGCUGACCUAAAUCUACAUACUAGCACAACCCAGGUUCUGAGACAGAAGAGAAGCCAAUAAAAGCAGCUGUAAACACACACACACCCUAAUUCUGUCUUCAUAGGUUAAAAAUAACAGGUGCAAUUCCGGUACUUUUUUCAACACUGAUUGUGGGUUAAAAAAAUACAGGCUGCAUUUUGGAGACUACUAAUUUUGCUAUCACAAAAUGGAUUAUAAGAUAAAUAAUGUAGAACUGAAAACCUGGAUUCUUUUCUAGUUGUACCCAAUGGUGCCUUAAGAGUUAGCAGGAAGUACCUGAUUUUUCUCUGCUUCCCACCAUACCCCAUAGUGUUCUGGAGCAUCCACUUCAACCCUCUAAAGCAUCUUUGAAGGGAGGGCAGGGGCUACCAGUGAAAACUAGUUAUUUCAUAUUGCACAAACAAAAGUGCUCUCUACUAGUAAAAAGUCAGAAUUGGAUACCCUUCUUUAAACACCUCACAUUGUAUGUGUAGUAUACCAAGUUUUUAUGUUAAGUUUCUAAAUAUGUUCACUUUCUCACUUUAAAAACUGCCAUAUCUAUAGGACUUGAUCAUAUCAAGGCCAAUCUGUUUAGAAAAAUAAACAUUAAGCUUUAUCAGAUUAUUAAUUAAUUGAAUGAACUUAAUGUAGAGUUGAAAAUAAAAUUCUAGGGCCCAAUAUGUUAAAUAUUUUGUGUCUUGCUGCAUUCACCACUGAAGCUACCUUCUUAGCUCCUUGCAGUGAUAUCUAGGAAGACGUAUGAGAUGCUUUUGUUGUGUGAGAUCCCUGCCCAUUUCUCAAUUUCUUGGCUGCUGUAAGCUGGGAAACUUGUAAUGUGAUGACACUGCAUCCCAUUAUAAUUACUCCUAAAUGAGAUUGUAAGGUGUGCACUUCCUAUGGGGAUGCUACUUUCAGCAGUGAUUCUGUGGCCUACACAAUAUGAAUCCUGACAGAGCCAAAAUGGGGUAUUGGCUAGUGUGCUGAACUUGGGUUACAAGGUUCUAUAGUCUAACUGCAGCAUUCAGAUAAAACUCUCAGGUUAAUUCUUGGGUCCCUGUUGAGGCCCCUUGCCAUUCCAAGUUUUCUUUUAAGUUUGUUUAAGAUUUAAGUUUGUUUAUUUUUACCUUGGGCAGCAACUGGGCUAGCUGAAAAGACAAACUGUCCUGUCUUCCUCUAAUGUCUCUGGGUCCAUAGUACAAAAGCAUUUUUAAUAGGAAAGGAAGAGUAGCGGGGGUGGGCACAGCUAGUGGCCAGUCAGCUUUGAGGGUGGAAGUGUUUUGCAUGUUCGUUGGGGUGCUCUCUCUCUGAGCAUCAUCAGUUUGUUCUUGUGAAAUGGACAUUUUGUGAUGCCCAUGACAUCUGUUUUCCAAAUGUUCUCCUGGGCCCAAAAAAAGUUUGGGAUCCCUGACCUCACUGUUCUCUGUGUCUCUAUUUCAGAGGAAGCAGUGAAGACAUUUGUGAAUUAAGUUUGGUUUUUCUACCUUCGUUUUGUAAAAAUUGUUCUUUUAAAUAUUGCAAUACAAUGAUGAUGGGGAGGUGCAAUAUUUAAGUGCCUAUCACAAUAUAUCUCUGUUUUGUUUUAGGCAAAAUUAUAAGAAUUAUUCCAUGGAAACAAGAACACACUUCAGAAUUCAAGCUGCUUUGCACCAAGCCAAAUUGUCUCCAGAAAAUGGUGUUUUGGAAGCGGAGGUUUCAUGUUAACUUUUAAAAAAGAAAUCUUGUUUGGUAUGCAAACUGCCACAAGAGGACAUUACAGGCAAUAGUUUUAAGGUGGUCUUUGUCAAGUUUAGCACAAAACGUAUUUAAAAAUACUGAGGGGAUAACAAACCAGUAUUUCAUUCCACAACUGUUUAUAAUAUAUACAAAUGUGACUUACGUUCUUUAUAAGUUUUUUAAAUAAGAUUUUCAUGUUCAUUAAUUUGGCAAUGAAUAUUUAAAUGGAUGAAAUCAUGAAUUCUAUAGAGUUGCUGACAAAUACCUAGAUCACACUUGGUUAUGAAUAUAAUGUUUAUUUUCUACAUAGACUGAAUUUUUAAAACUACUUUUUAAAUGAGGUAAUAAUUUUCCUGAUAGAAGGAACAACCAAAUAAUAACCUUUGAUUCAGGUUUAAUAUUAUAAUGUACUGUUCUUUAAUCUCGCUUUCACUUUUCUCUCUUCUAAUGUAUUCUAUUUUGAUAACACUCAAGAUGCCAACAAAUUACCAAUGCAGCCAAAAUCCAAUUGCAACGUGCUGUUGCUUACCAGUUUGAAAGAGUUAUCAAUGUUGAAAUAGCCAAAGAACCAAAGUAAAUAAACCGGAAUCUCUCUCUUUCUGAUGCAAAAGUCACAUUUAGACUGCAUUAAGAAAACUGGAGUUUUUCAAGAAGUUUAGUGUUGGUUUACUCUUUUUGUUAAGCAGCACACGGUUAUUUGAUUUCCCCCCUAAAGUGGCAUAUGAUUUGGAACAGGGAUUGCCAGCAUGGUGCCCUCCAGCUCUUGGGACUCCAGCUCCCAUCAGUCUUAGUCACAUAGCCAAUGGCCAGGGAUGAUGAUGCAACAUCAAGGUGCCAAGUUGGCUACUCCUGUUUUAAUAUUCUACUAGAGGCAUUGUGAACAUUCAUAAGCCAUUUUAGAGUACAGAUUUUUUUGAACUGGAGCAUGUCCAGUUUGGAUUAGCAAUAUCAUUUGGGAGAGUGUUAAUCAUGCAGUCCUUCCUCUUUAACUAGCUGCUGGAAGUUUUUUUUUGUGUGUGUGGGGGGGGGAGGUCUGCUAGAAAUUUAGAGAGCACCAAUGACCUCUUUGGCAGAUGGCUGGAUUCACUCUCCCCUUCUUACCAAACAAUUGAUUGGCUACAUCAGUGGCUACUAUUUAAAUAAGACUGCACAUAUUGAUCAGCCCCUCUGUGGUACUACAGAAUGCCCAUAGGUUCUGGAAGUCACCAAUUUCUUGGAGCAGGGUUAGAAGCUACAUUGCAGAAACAAUGUACACACUAUAGAUUUAAGGUGGCAGGAAGUUUGACACAUUCUGUUGUACAGUAGGGGGAUAAUUUGUUACUGCAUUUCUGUUACUUGCAGGACUUUCUUAUGGAGUGUGUCAAAUAGAUUUGUGUCAUUUCAAAUUUCACCUUUCUUUAGUUUCAGUAGAGAACUGAAAACAUAGAUUUCACAUGUGGCUGAUUUCUCUCAAUGCAAAACUAAUAUAUACCAGAGAACCUUUUCGCUGAGUAGGCAUUAUUAAUCUUUUCUCAACACAGUAUACUAAAGACUCUUUAUAUUGGAUGCAGAAUAUGUGUACAGUGCAACUAUAAAAAGCACAAAAUCAAGCUAGCUGUUCUUCGUAUUUUUGUUGUAUGUAUCAUGUCUUUCCUUAUACUCUCCCUCCCCUUCUUUUCAAAAUACCCUUCUUGCUGAAUAGACUUCCAGCAGCAUUCAGGAAAACCUAAUUGUUGCAUUGGAGACUGUUUGAAAUCAAUGGAAAUGACAGCUUGGACAUCUACAGAUUUAUAAGUAAAUCCUAAUGAGUUCAGUGGAAUUUACCAUUAAUUUUGGAUGUUUAAGAUGGUAACAGUAUAGUUCCAUAAUUCCAUUGUUUUUAAUAGAACUUAUAGGCAAGUAACUUUUGAAAGUUAUGCCUAUUCAGGAAACUAAACUAAACUUGAAUGUUCUGUUGAAAUUGAUGAAGGUUGUGCAGGAGUAUUGCUUUAUAACUUCUAAUAGUAUUAAACACAUAUUUAAUACAUACUUAAGCGUAAGGUUAGAGGCGAUGUUGCUUAAGCUACAAUCUGAAAAACAAUAAGCUUUUGUAGAAUAAUUUGGGAAAUUUUGUAGAUUCACCUAAUUGUCAUAGAUUUUUGUGAAUUUCAUCCCUUGUUCAUAUCCUCUUAACACCCAACAAUAAAGAAAGCUUAAUGGUCUGUUGAAUUGCUAAUGUCCCAUUAGAUUUUUUUUUAUUUUACAGUAGGUAUGACAUAUUAAAUAGCGCACCCAAUGUUCUAUUACAGGUCUUUAUGCAAUAUUUUUGUCAAAUUUCAGUGGUCUUCCUUUGUUACGAAGAGCAUUCAAACAACCUCAAAUUCCCCUUUGCAAUAUGGUUGAUAUUUACUUCUACCUAUUUAAACUUGUUGCGUUCCCCUUGAAAGAUCCAAUUCACAAUUUGGCGGUUCUCAUGGAGGAACAGGCAAGUUCUUUUAAAUAUAUGGUGCUCUGUUUUGCAUUAACUGUUGGUGUUUUAAUGUCAUAAUGUUUUCAUUUUUUUCCAUUUGGAAAAAAAAUGAAAAAAAUAAUGUUAUAAUGCCUUUAUUUUGCAGUGUUGUUUUAAUGAUAUUUUGCCAUGAAACAUGGCAUAUAAAGAAAUAAUUUACUUUCCAUGUAAUGUACAACUCAUAUUUACAAUAGAGUUUGUUUUAGCCAGAGGAUCAUACGAUAGAGUUUUAGAACAAAAGUUAAACUUAAAUCUAUCCAGUGCUGCUUUUCUAUUAAAAAAAAAAUGUUUAGGGGGUACUCUCAUUUUCCUAUUCAUAUUGAAAUACUGCCCCUCAGUGAGGCCAAACUUAGGAGUAUGCAUACCUCUCGUCUCCCCCAGAAAAAAAGCACUGAAUAUGUUAUGAAACUAUGAGGGUUUAAAAUCAAUUUAUAUAAAAUUGGUUUGGUAUUUGAGUAAAAGGCCACAAGGCAACACAAAUAUAAGCACAACUCUUUACUCUUAAGGGCACUUAAUUCUGUAUUUAGCAUGUUCUUUUGAAAGUCUCUUACAAUCUUAACCCUUUAAUAUUUUAAUAAAUAGCUUAAUAAAAAGUAGAAGGUUUGUGAAAUUAAGUUGGGAAAACCAGUUACAACUCACUUUCUCAUAACAUUCCCUGCCUCUGUCUUUUGAAAAAAAUCUUGGGAACAAACAACAAUGAACAAGAAAAAGGUGUUUAAAAAGUGUUCAUUUGUCGAUUUAACAAUCCAAGGUAAAAGAAGAAAAGUCUGGCUAUAAUACUUGACAAGAUAGACAUCAACAUAUAUGGAAAACAACAGGUGGAAUGAUAAGAAAGGUAGUAUGAUUUACUACUGAAAAUAUUGCACAACUUCAUAUUUUUCUUUCUCAGAUUUACUUCCUGUAAUUAAGAAUAGCUGAAUUAAAGGAGGGGAACUGGAAAAGGUUUGCAAUACAAAUGCAAAUCAACCCAAGACUGUAUACUGCUAGUUACUUUCUUCCAACAGUGCACCAUUUAUACUUUAACAACUAUCCCAAUCCAGCAGUCUUUUGCAGGUAUGUCGAUUCUGAUGCAAACACUGAAGUCCUCCCAGCCUUUGUUCUUUUCACUUACAAGGGCAAUUUGGAGUAUGCCCGAGUCUGCCUUGUCCAACAAAACAAAUAGGAAAGGCUGCUUGCAUAGGUGCUGUGUAUACACCACUACACACCAUGGGAUAUGGAAGGCAUUUGAAUGGAAAUAGUCUACAGUGUCUUAUACAGCAUCUUCCACAGGUUAGUGGAUACUUUUGCAAUCUGCCAACUAAUCCUGUAGAAAUUAUUUUACAUGUAAAUGCUCUAUUCUAUAGCAUUGAGGGAGGAAUUCCACAUUGUGCUCUUCUGAUCUUACCAUCAGCCCAAGCAUUUCAGCUUGCCAGAUGGAAGAAGCCUCCCUCUCCUCCCCUUGCAUGCUGUUCUGGGGGGUCUCCUGACACACAUCCAGAGCCAAUUUCAGGAAGCAUGGGGUGAGGAGAGGGGCGAAAGCCCUGUUGCAUAAGUCCUUGUGUACAGCUUCCACUGAUGGAAUUUGUUAGGUGAAUGCUUACAGUCUGCAGUGCUUAUACUGUAGACAUAGUCUUCAGUGCAGUAGUUGUUUACAUACAGUUUCUUCGAAUCAUGUAGCCAAAACAAUCAGAACAGUCCUUGAUACGUUGCCUGCAUCUCAUGCUAAACUAAGACGUUUCAACAUAUUGGCUUUAAGUCAAAAGUAUAAAGGUCACAUUAAAGAAUGUUUUAAGAGAACAAAACUCCACAUCCUAAGUGGAUUUUUUUUUACAACUACCCUCUCUGCAAGACUGCAUCUAUCAAGCACAUCACCUUUCUUUUUAGUUUCAUAAAUGUAAAUACUUGGAACAGCCCUUACCAGCUGUAGGAUCACUAACUUGAUCAGUUUUAUGUAAUUAUUUGCCAAAUAUGAAUUUUGCAUAUAAAAC